ACUUUCUCCACGCCCCCUCACGCUUGCUCUGAGCUAGCGGUUCGUCCAUGCAUGUAGUACUGGGAAGCUCCUCGCCGGGAGUGAGGGAACGUGUCUAAUUAAUCGCAAGCUUCUCCCGUUGUAAUUAGCCGUCAAAGCGGUGGAGUAACGUUGAAAGGGAGGUUUCGCCUGUGCUUGUUGGGUCGUAUUUAACGGCGGCGAGGCGCAGCGCUGUAAACGUCGAGUUUAGGAUUUUCCACCUGACUGCAGCAGCUGAUUAACUCGUGUCUUAAGGAGAGUGGAGUCGCUAGGCAGCUGUCUAUACAUAACCGGCAGAAGCUAACAAGUAGUUAGCAAGUCAGACAGUUAGCCUGCCAGCUAGCCACCUCUCAGUACUGCUACAGUAAGUCCCUCCCUCGCCAAGUACGUGAACGCCGCAAGAAGCUGCAGCGGUGAAGUCGAGUGCGCUCCCUACUAGUCUCAACUUAGCCAGCAUCGCUGUACAGCUGGCUGAUAAGCUAAACUAUCAUUCCUUACGUUAGCUGGGUAACGCCAACGUGAAGAAGGUUGGCUUUAACAUUUGGCAAGUGUUUUCUCUUUAGGGGAAACUGUCGCUACACUGGCAAAGAGACUGGCUAAAAAGAAGAGGCGAAAUAAGACUGAACAAGGAAGACACCGAGAAGGAGGGGACUGGCUAGUUUAGCCGGGGAGGCAGAAUUUCACGUAAGUGACACAGCUGGUGAUGUUAGCUUUACCGAACAGUUUACUGGCCCUAUGCAACCUGCUAUGCUUGCAUGGCAAUGUGAAUCCGACCAGCCACUUAUAAUCUGUGGCGCCAUACUAUGCCGUGGGCUAACGGCUUCCUUGAAGGUGGCACACUAGCUAGCAAGUUAGCUAAUGCUUGAUGUCUUCAGAGGGAGGCUGCACUUGAUUCGCCUCUCGGCUGUCUGUUGCAGCCAUUCCUCGUCGGCUUAGUUUCAUGGCUUAAUUUACUCAACUAGUCUAUCUGUGGAACAAACGGUGCAGUAAACCUGUUGUCAAGACUAUUAGCUCAUUAGCUCUACUGCUAGCUAGUUUCAGCCGGCCACCAGCUCAAGUUGACAGUUCAGGUUCUGACGAAGCCAAGCAGCAAUGUUACUGAAACCUAGCCAAUAUCACAGGUUACUGUUCCCCCACAGCAAAUAAGGCUCAUAUCUGCUCUGUGCAGCUGCAGGGACUGUGUGUUCCCUGGUAGAUAGAGUGGCCGCUCACUGACAAUGUCACAGCAACACUUAUUGCACGGCAUUACACCACCUUGCUUUUAAAUGGCAGUGAAGUAGAAGGACCUGGGACGGUACAGUAUCCAGGCUGUUCAGUACAAUUUGAUUUCACACUCACCUAGUAAGCACUCACAGGCUUCUUCUAAGUACUCUUGAAUAGUAAAGUUAAAGAAAGCUGUGAAAAUUAACAGUUAGAAAUCCUUAACCACUCUGACCCCAGUACUCCACAAGUGUGAAUGUGCACCAAAACAGACUGACUCAUUUUCUCUCCUUCUUUUGAUAGAUAGAAAACGCCGCCAGUGAGCCACGCACAACCAUGAGUAUUGAGAUACCAGUGGGGUUGACAGAGCUGCUGCAGGGUUACACCGUCGAGGUACUGCGACAAAGACCGUCAGACCUGGUGGAAUUUGCUGUACAGUACUUCACCCGUUUGCGGGACACCAGAAGUCAGGAUGGAAGUGGCGCUGGUGGCAAGACAGGAAAAGGAGUGAUGUUUGAUGGGGAGCCCAUGCAAACAGAGUCCAAUGGAGAUGACGAUGAAGAUGAUGAUUCAGACUUUGAGCGUAAGUUGACAUUGUGUUGUGGUGGUUGUCAGGUGUCCUUAUGAACAUGUCUGUCUGUGUGGUAGCCCAUAGGAUGAAAUGAAGUUGAGUGCAUGUGUUUGGAUGAGGGCAUUGGAGAGUGAAAGAAUGAGUGACGGUGAUCCCUGAAGCUGGGUCACUGAUGUAGACUCUCUCUCACCUCUUCCUCAGAGACAGAUUCACAUGUUACAUGAUAGACAGCCCACAUCGUCAGCCCCUGUUAUCUAGGUCUCCUCAAUCCUAAUCAGGCAUUUGACUUGGUAGCUUAAAUACAAUACUGUAUAUUAUCAUUUAAGAUAUUAAUUAUUAUGGCCUUCAAAAGGUAUAGCUUUAUUAAAUGUAACUCCCUGUCACAGUGUUUCUUAAAACAGUGAGAAUAUUAACUUUUGCACUAAAAACCUUAAAGUGAAAAUUUUGCAGUCUUGACAGUCAUCUGACCUACAGUCUACUAAACAUCAGAAAAUAGACAACCCAAGAAUACAUAUAAAUCAUAUUUAGUUGUAUGUCGUCUUAUAUCAUUUAUGUCAUCUACUAUUUACAGCAGUAUUAAACAGUCUGAUGGCUGUGGGUACAAAAGGUCUUACAAGGUAUGAGAAACUUUUUUGGAAUAAGAAAAUACUGCCACCUUAGUAGAGUUUGCAAUGGGUAUGAGCAAACGCCCUCCUUCGGUACUUCAUCAUUUUAUCACACCAUAGAGUGACUUAAAUGUAAGAGAAAACAUGCUGACAAUUAUUCCAUGGGCAUAUAACUGAAAUGUAAUGGCCUAUGCCACCCUGACAGUCAAAGUUGAAAUCGAGUUAAAAAAUGUGAUUAGAUUAGGAAGUCUCUCCUUAGCAACAGCAUAGAUCCAGAUAUAAAAGAGUUCACGAACUGUAUAACUGUAACCAUCUUGAUCCUACACAGUGUGUUACCUUUAGAAAAAGCAAUGCCUCUCUUGCAUCACUCCCCAGUGUUUUGACAGACUGGCAGAAGAUGUAAGCUGUUCUGUAGCUCAGCUUUCUCUCGUGUUGCUGAGAGCAGCAUGGCCUAGAUCACAUCGGUGUGCUGUGAUGCCAGAGGCUGUUACCUUGUGAAUGGGGGUCUGUGUUUUCUCAAUGAGUGUAUCUGCUGGUUGAUCUGUGUAUCUAUUAUUGGCAUCUCUUUCAAAAUGACUGUUCAGUUUACUCUUUUCAAGCCCAUUACAGAUUAUCUUAUGCUUUUUAUGUGGAACUGGCAAAUUAAUGCUAUCUAAAUGCUUUAAGGCGGUAUCUGGGCUUGCAAGGUUUUUAUCCAAUUAGUAUCAUUGGCAGAUAUUCAGGCAAUGAUGGAGUGUUACAUCUAGUUGCUGGGCAAGGAAGUAGUUUUCAUUUUUAUGUUUUUGUUUUCCUAUGAAGAUGUAGCAUGACAUUAAUUUAUUUAUGGAAUAAUUAUAUAUAUCAUGCACCAAACGUAAAUGUUCUCUGGUGAAGGCAAUAUUGGCCCACCUUGAAGACUAGUACAAGCUUGCCUAGGGUAAAUGGGGAUAUGUGUGUUCCCCCUCAAGUGGGGUUUGGCUGCUGUCACAUAGCAGCUGUUGGAGCUGUGUAUAUGUGUGUGCACAUUUUUUGUCUGUGAGUGCAUGUGUAUGUACAUGAAGGCAAACAGAUGUGUCAUGAUUCGAAUUCACACCCUUUGAAAUUCCAGCCUUGUGACGACAUGAACAAAGUUCUUCCCAGUUCAUUCUGAUUAUUUUAAUUAUUCUGGCCAUCAGUUAUUAAGCAUAUUACAGAGCCUCUAUCAAGGAGGCAAAAAAAAGACAGGGCGCUGAUCCUGCUGCCUUCCAGGGAGAGUUUUUUGCCUGAUGCUGUGGCUCACACACAUGACAUCCCUGACAGUAGGUUAGCCAGCAAGGCUGGUUUAUGCUGCCCUCCGGGGAAUUCAUUCCUGAUGGGAACAACUCAGGCCUUUAUCAUGACCAACAUCAUGUGCUCCUGCCAGACCACUGCUGUAACCCAUUGGUAUAAAUAGUACUGAAGAGCCACCACUGAAAUGGCAUGUGCUCCGAAACAAUUUGUCUAGUGAAUACAUGUUGUCUUUUAGUCUGUUGACAUAGCGGUAAUGCUUAUUCUUCUUUUUUGUUAUUAUUUCCUUAUAAUCACAGAGCCACGUGAAGCAGUAUUGCUAACUCUACAGUUGUUCAUGAACACAGUUCACAUUUGAAAGUACAUAAAUAAUUGUUUUACAUGUCAUGGAUGACAGAUUGCUUGUUCCAAGCUUGGUUGCAUCCUUUCAGUGCAGUUUUUUAUAGGCUAUUCUGAAGGUUUGAAAAAAUAGCUGAAGUCUUCAGAGACACAUUGAACAGAGCUCACAAAAGCAUAAUGCUGCCUUAUCAGUGUGUGACCCUUUUAAAGUUGGACAAUUUCUCAUUUCAGGGUUGACCUCUUGAUUAAAAAAUAUGGCUGCCAUAAAUACUUAAUUGAACACAGAUGUCAUAGAACAUCUUUCUGUAUGAGUCAAGCAUUUUUAAUAUUGGCCUUGUGAAGGAGACCAAUUUGUUCAAAAAGUCAGAGGUUUGAAGGUUAAGUGACAAUAGUGUAACAUAAUCUUUGUCUGUAUCUGGUGUGUUUGCGGUAUGUAAAAAUCCUCAGCACCUUUUCUAUUGUCUUUUAUUUGGCGACUUGCAGUUCUGAUGAUUCACCAGUGUGCUCUUAACCUUCUGUUUGUGCUGCAGGAAACUGCUGUGUGUGAGUGUUCCGACUAAACGCCUAAAAUGUAAAUGAGGUAGAUAGCUGGUAAUGUAUUCCCAUGGAUGGCACAGUAUCCUCCAAAAACAUGACAUCCUUUGGUACAAGCUUUGUUUCCCUAACUGUAGCUGCUUAAAUCCAGCAAGAUCACUACACAGGCCUCAGCAGUUUAACAAAAAGGCAUAUUGUUUUGAAUACAAACUGUUGUGCCUCCAUCAUAACUGGUGAUGUUGGGCCAAUGGUUUUUAAGUAAUCCUUUCUUGGUUAAGGUGGAGUAAGGAAUGGCAUACUGAUGAAUUGAGACUAUGUUGGGAUCCAUUGAACGGUUUGCGGUUGGCCUAAGUUAGCCUUAGGCACAAACUGACAGCUACGUUUCUGUCAUUCUGCCCCAGGGCAGCUGUGACUACUUCGGUAGUUUACCACCACCAAGGUGUGACUGUGUGAGCAAAUGAAUGAUGUAUCCAAUGUAAAGCGCUUUGAGGGUCUCUGAUAAAGUGCUAUAAAAUCUGAUGCAUUAUUAUUAUUAUUAUAGUUAUUUACUCCUAGCCCUCGAGUUUUUUGUUUAGUGCCAGCCCCACAGUGUUUGUCCAUUGACAGUAGCAGGAAGGGAUGGACAAUAGGGUGCCUCUGUGAGUGAAAUGAGUGGGGCAUUUUGUGGAGACAUAGGUGGUCAGACAAAUGAGUUCAGGGAGUAGUGAUAGAAAAAAAGAUUAAAUGUGUUUUUUACAAAACAGACAUCAGGGAUAAAGCAGAGGAUGUAUGAAAAAUUGUUCAAGGCAGGGGAGCAGCUGAGGGUCUAUUCAGGAAGAAAAUACAAACAUCUGAGCUUGCUGACUCUUACAAGAACAGAAAAUGUUGACGGAAGAUGACGUGUCACCUGCCUGGACAUAAAACAGACUUUGUCAGUGCACACAGCUUUUAUUCAUUCUUGACAGUGCAGGUUUUUAUAGCAGAUGAAUGAGAAACUCCAGCUGACUGAAUUUAUCAAAUACUUGUAAAGACUUACCUCUGCUUUGCUGUAAUCUGUUUAGGGGAGUUUUUACUUCUUCCUGGAAAGUGUAAGUCAGUAUUGUCAAAAUCCUGUCUAGGUGUGUUGUGUUGAUUAUUUAUAUUCAAUGGUAUUUUCAAAGCAGUCCUGAAAAGACUCAUAACAUAAACAGUAGCCACUUACAGCAAGUGUUUCCUUGUCAUUGCAGCAGGCUUCUUGCACAAUUAUGAGCAAAUCUACCCUGUUCGGGUGAAACUGGUUAUCCUGUUGAUGCUUGCCAGUGUAACAUUACCCUGAAAUAAAAAUAGACGUCUAAAGUGUCUUUGUAGUAGCAUGUCUUGGAUUGAUGGGUGCUUCCAUACCAACAUCUGUCCUAGAGAUGUUCAAAGUGACUAAUUUCAUAGUUGUUUAGAUGGAAAUUUGAACAGUCUUUUUGAAAAAUAAUAAAACUGCUCGCAAACAAACAACUUAUUGUGUCUAGUUUAUUUAACAUGACUAGACACAGAGUUUGUGGGUAAAAGGUAUUGCUGAGUGUGGCAAUCUUAAUCACCUUCAGCUCUCCCUGCAGGUUAAUAUCCUUGCAUUAACCUGCAGGGAUAUUUUAACAACACUGACAUAUAUCUGAAGGCAUACUCUGACUAAGUCUCCAGUGUAAGGCUAUCUUGCAUUCAGUAUUCUCCCUCUACGUCUAAAAAUUCUCAUGAACUCCAUGAAGUGCAAGACCAUAAUUGAAUAAGAAUGAACAAGAAAUUGCAACGGUUGGUAAAAAGUGCAGAAUAUUUGAAAUAAAGCUAUUUACAGAGUGUUUAAGACAGAAGAGUAGAGAAGUAGGAAGUGUUUUCAAAACCAGUUUGCAGCUUAGGAUAUCGCAGAGUAUUAUACAGUUUAACAAAGUAUUACACAGUUCAAUGGAAUAUUGCACAGUGUAGUUUAAAAAUAUACACUUCAUAUCUUAUUUUUGUCUUGCAAAAGUCUUGCAUUAUCAUAGCAGGAGAAUUUGAGAAAAUUUUCAAACAAAUACAGGACAGGUUGAGUAGUUAACCCAGAAAUUUUAACACAAAUAUAGAUUGUUCUCACUGCCUUAAGUACACUUAAGAGAAAGUACAUGACAUGAUUUCUUCUGUUCUCUGAACUUUACAUCAACGUAAUUAUUUCAAUGUAUUUGUUCCGAUUUUUGGAGUAUUCUUCUUUGAAACCAGUGUGUCUACUUGUGUCCGCCUUCAUCUGCACGACAGAACCAAGAACAAGUACAUACACUGUAGUUAUAUAUAAGCAUCAACACUGUGCCAAGUGUGUGUAUGAUGACAUAUUUAUCUCCUGCCAUUGUGUACAGUGAUAUGUGCACAAUUCAGAGAGUAAGCUGACCACAUUGUGUAAAUGUUGCAUAUAUGCUCGCUGUUGAGCCUGUGGUGACUGUUUCUCAGAGCAUGAUCACUCACACAGCAGCACGGUGUAAUUCUGCCUCUCUGACCUCUUUUUGUCUCCUCCCUGACUGUAUGACCACCACCUCAUUAUUGUUCUCCCCUUACUUUGUUUCUCUCAUCCCCACUCUCCCUCUCUGUGCGUCUCUUUACCCCCUGCUGUUCAGCAUGCCUCUCUUUCUUCUACCUACCUACCUCUUCAACUGUGAUAUUUUUUCUGCUUUGAAAUCUUUUUAUCCCAAUUCUUUUUAGAAAUGGACAUUACAGCCCCCCAAUGGCUGGUAAUUACUCAAACAAGCAAAGCUGACACUGCUGUAGUAUUAUUCUGUCAUGUGUGCAUUUACUUUUAUAAGUGCAAUUUAAAGAAACACAGCACAUGCACAAAUGCCUGUCACUGGCUGACAACAUGUAUGUUGCUCAAAGUGUGUGUGUGUAUGUUGCAGGUCACUGCGCAGUGUUAUGCAACAGGUGACCUGAUUAGCGGGCUGCAGUGUGUGUCCAGUGAGCUUUUUGCCUGCAGCCAAAUCUAAUACUGCCUAGCAUCCCUACAGAGACCUGUCAGGUAGGCUGACUGACAGCACUUAGUGGAAAAGCCCUCAGACAGCUCAUGCUACUCAGUCUGGCUCUCUAGCUGCUUUUUUAAUACAGUGUGUCUCUGUCUCUGUCCUGACUUAUCUUGUUUUUUGCUCAUGCUGCCUUUUAUUCCCCUCAGAUUUUCCCUCCCUGUGUCUUAAAAGCAGCCAUUUUGGCCUCUAUUUAACAAAAUAAUGUUUGAGUGUUUUCCUGCACCUGUUGAUCACCCUCUCUUCUAAUCAGCUUUAUUUGUCUUUCUGUAUUUGCGUCAUUUAUUUGAAAGGUAGUCUGCUGGUUACUCUGUUCUCCUGCCUACUUGUUUGCCGUCAUCCUUCUUUGCCUUUCUUAUCUUUUUCUUGUUUCUUGUCUCGUUCUCUGAAUCUCUCUGUCGCCUUAUCUCUUCAAAUCUGUGUACCUGUUUCUCCACCUCCUCUUUUGUCCUUGCCUCCUUCUGUUGAAUGUUUUUACAUCUAUUUCUUCUUUGCAGCAUGUUUCUUUGUGUGCCAUCUUGGGGGGAAGGAGUCAUAUUUUAGAAAAUAUUGAAACUGUGGAGUUUAGUUAGCAGAGAUGGAGCAAAAACAGCUCGAAAGGGUACAUCACAGCAUUUGAUUUGUCAUUUCAUAGGCCACAGUUCAAGUGAAAAAGACCUUUGAAUCCUGCAAAUGCUGCAAAGGAAGUCUGUGUCAUGCUGUAGCUGUCUAUCUCCUCUUUGCAUAAGGUAGCAUGUCUAGGCAUCUGCCUAGACAUUUUAGCUGUUGCUUAUGGACAAAAAAAAAACAAAGCAGUAUGUUUGUUUUCAUGUGGAGUUUAAUUUAGUGCCCAUGUGGCAGACUGUGGUUCUGUUCAAGAGCAUAAAGAUGUAACCAUGAAGAAGUCAGGCACAUUAAUGUUUAUUAAUGCCUGAGCCAAUAAAAGACCAAUUCAAAAAAACAACACAAAAACACAUAGGGAAGAAAAACCCAUCAUCAGAAAGUGGACAGAUUAAGCUGUGUGGGAGCAAGCUGUUUCUCAAACUAACUGAUAAACAGAAUUUGAACUUUGGUACUUCCUCAUUCUCUGUCCACAUGCCAUCUUUAGUGGCACUGAACAAAAAUGAGGAAAUGGGGGGUGGAUGCCAGACAUCUAACAAGUGGCUAUACAUCCCGUCCCCUGCUCUGCUAAUCCUCUCUGGGAGUCAUGCAGCCUCUUUUCUGCUCUGCAACUCUCUAUGAUUCCCCAAGUCUGCUAUCAUAAACCCCAUAAAGGUCGCAAUGACUGUCCCGAAACUUUUUAAAGUCAUAACCAUAACCCAGAGCGAAUAUGUUAAUUGAAGCUUCAUCUCAUCUCUCGUUUUGUAAAUAUUGCCAGUUUGAAAAAUGUGGACACAACACAAAGCAACAUGCACCAAAUAUAUUGGCAAAGUAAUGAACAGUAUCUAUAAUUGUUACAAAUGAUUAGUGUUACUGUCCAAAAAUGCCCUUUACCCCCUAGCUUAUAUUUUAAAACUGUGGACACAUUUUUGAUUUUUGAAAAUAGUAUCCUAACUCUGUUGAUAAUUUCAUGUUCAUUUCGGGGGGGAGAUAGGAUGGAAGAAAAAAAAGAACCACAAACACACCACUGGCCAGAUGCUGACUGUAAACCCAGCCCAGGGUUUAAAUGAUGCUGUAACAGUCCUAGUGCUGGAAUGAAUGCCUGAGUGUUGAUGCUUUCUUGGAGAGAAGUGGGAGUACAAAAAAGAGGGAGACAGAAGAAAGGGGACAGGAAUAGAGUUGGAGUGGGACAUAUAAAGAGAACUAGGAAACACAUGGAAAGAAAUAAAACAAACAAACAAACAAAAAAAAAACAUAAAGAGGAGGAGGAUUAGGAGGCCUGAGAGUGAAAUUAUAGAGAAUGAGGGAAUCAGUGCUGAAGCUAUCAGUGUUGUGACAAGCUCUACAUUUCCAGAGGGUUGCAACAGUGACUUAAGAAGAUUCAGUGAAGUACUUUAAAAGAAUAAUAAUUGUAACAUUUCUGUGCACUCAGGGCAUUUUUGCAAGACAUGUUAUUUUACAAGUUCCCAUGUGCAUCUGCCACAACCAUAAUACACUUCCUACCUUACCUACUUAAAUUGAACUAAAGAAGAAGAAGAAACUUUAUUGUAAUUGUACAGGAAUACAGCAAAAUUUCGUUUGGCAGCAUCUCUCUUUUCAAGCAGCUACAUAGCACAUUUAUUCAAAUGUGUUUAAAAAGAAGAGGAAAAAAGCGGUGAAAAAGGAGUAUUCUAUUUGAAGGUUCAUAUUUUUUGUCCCUGGGGCAGUUUGUUUGCAGUGAAAACAGAGUCGACCCUAGCAGCCGGGAUAGGAACUGUUUGAUCCAUUGCACCAGUCGUCGUAUGCUAGUAGUGUUAGAUGCAGUAAUAUGGCCAUUUGACAAUUUCAACUGGUAAUUCUCACAAUGAGAGUGAUAGGCUAAAGUUCCUCACUGUAUUCAUCCAAGUCAAUAUCAGCAAAAGAGCAGGCUGCUGGUGUAGGAACAUCACAGGACACAACAACAUUUACUGGUUCAACAACUGGCCUGCCUUGGUCCUCCUUAGGUCAGCCAUGUUUUAACUUGAUCUGUUUAUUCAAUAUUUGUGCAUACAUACUGUAUAUGUAUAUUUAUCAAGAAAAUGAAGCCAGCGGGAGUCUUUCUGCAUAAUUGUGAACCACGAUGGCAGCAUAGAGUUGGAAACUGGGUGCUGGAACGGAGCUUGGGAUGUUUUGUAAUGUAAUGUGGAGGUGGCCUUAUUCAUCAAGUUAUGCUAACAGGCCUGAAUAUGAAUGAAGCUGCUCUUUAAGAAACCCAUUUACACUGUUUAUAAAUAGGACUGUUAGAGCAAGAUCAAUGGCUGGAUUAUCGCAAGCAAUGCAAAUAGGGAUCGAUUGGAUUAUACAGAAACGAUCAGCCUAUACGCCGUUUUAUCAGGUCGACUGAUCUUUCUCAAUUUAACAGCAGUUGAUUAUUACCCAACAUGAUGGCUGUAAGAGAAGAUAGACUUCACCCCCAAGGUUGUUGUUUGUGUUUCCUAAGCUAACACUGUGAGCCUAGAGAAAACUACCCUAGGUUUUGAGACUGGUUGGUUACCUGGUAUUCCUUCUCUAUCAUUUUAUUCCACUCAGUCAUACAAGACUGCCUGUAACAGGUCACAGUAGCACAUUAAUUUUGUCUUCCUUUGUGGAGUUGCUUGCCUAGGUCUUGAGCAUGGUCAGAGUGACAAAACGACAAAACAAAACGACUUUUCUUUUUCUCUGUUGUGCUCCUGCACUUUCCUGGUUCCCCCCUUACAAAUUCAGGCAUGUUCAGAUCUCCACCUUUUCAGCCCACUAACCACCACCUCCUUUGUUUUUUCAUCUUUCAGUCAAUCUAUCAUUGCAUGCCAGUCGUCACCGUGUCAUGCUGUAUCCUCUGAACCUACUUCCUCGCUUUCCCAAUCUCCCCGUCUCCCUCUCUCUGCAUGUGCUGGUGUAAGUGUACAGGCUCAAUCUCAUUAGACCAGAAGGCUUAGUGAGAGGAGGGGUUAUAAGGGCGGUUUAGCACAACCGUUAUUGGCACGGUAAGAAAGACUUAACAAUGGGGUGAAGUGUAGGGAAGGAGGGAAAACAUGAAUGGGAUGAGACUGAAAGGAAGAGGAGCUUGUGGGUUAGAGCCAACGUUUAAUACCAGGCAAAUGCUUUUAAUUUUUGACUUUGCCUUCAGGGUUUGUUUCCCCUUUCAUCUGCUUUGGCAGACAGUAUCUAGAUAUUGUUCAGAGGUAUUCCAAAAAAUAUGUUAUGACUACACAGAAGUGAAAAGUGUCUGUUGAUCCCUCUUAACCUUCUGGGGUACCUGCCAACUGAUUCCAACAAGAGAAAGAGAGACAUGCAAGCAGACAGAUGAGAGACAGGCUUCAGGUGGAGAGGUUGAAUGGAGGUUUGACAUACUACCCUGAGAAUCAAAUACCCAGAGAGUCUUUCAAUUUGGUUGCCUGUGUCCCAUGAGAGUCCACAGCAAACCUGAACACACAUUAGAUUUAGGUAUGUGUGGUGAGAAAUGUGAUUGAAUUUGAAAGAAGCUCUUGAAUAUGGAGACACACGGCCUAGUGGACUAGAUAUGUAGUUGUCCUUUUCUGGUAUAGGUUAUCAUUCUGGAGAAAGGCUUGCUGGUGUCAACAUGGUUUUCUGUUGUGGAUCAAUAUUUUCUCCAAUGUAUUAUCAGGUAUUGCUACCAGUUUAAGAGGUGCCCUUAUAAUGUCAGAAAAAUCAGGAAAAUGUUGUUUAUGAUGAUCUUCCUGUGUUUUCUAAACCAAUAGAGUGAGCUAAAUCUAAAUCAUUGUCUUACUCUUUAACAAAAACACAAUCAGCCCUUUUCACAGCAAGGUUAGCUUGAGCUGCUGAAAAUUUUGCCAGUGCUACUUGUUCAGAAGAUGUAAACAGGAGCAGAAAUGUCCUCUGAGAAAAUCACAGUGAGACUGCAGGCUGAGUGCUGCUGGAUAAUGGCUGUUCCUCUUAAAAAAAGGGAAUCUGUGGUGGAACUUGAUGCAGAAGUCUGCAGAAGAAGAAGAACUUUAUUGAUUGCUAGAGGGGAAUUUAAUAGUGGAUUAGUAGUCAAGUUUUCACCAUCACAGAUAUUAAACAAUACAAAUUAGCAUGGUCACAACUACAGUAACCCUCCUGCUUCUUUCCCACUCACUAAAUACCUAAACAGGUAUGUUACUUUUCUGUUCUGUGCUGCUGUAGGAACACGGCUUUGCUUUCUCGGUUGCUUUUUGCAAUGACAGUUUUAUUUACCACUAUACGAUAAUGCAAAGGCAUCAUGUAUGCAAACAUACACACACUCGCGAGAACCUCCCCUCUCCUACAGCAAGACUUUGUGAUUUAUUCAUACUGUGCUCAACACCUUGUAAGUAAUCAUUGUUUAUGAAGACAUAAAUUGAAUCCCACUCUCCUAUCAAAAGUCUUUUAUCGCUUAGUCCUAUUUUGAAAUAUGAAUUCAACAAAAACAAGAGAAGAGAUUUGAAUUCGUCCCAAUCUGUGCAAAUGAGGAAAUUCUUCUCUAUUAUUCAUUUGAUUCAUUAAUUGCUCCUUUUGACCUGGCCUGUUUAAAUGAACCGUAGACCAGGGCAAUAAUAAAACUUCAAUAUUCACCUGAUGGAUUGUGGGAUGAAGAAAUGAGUUCCCCAGCCUCCAGCCAUGUAAGAGUUUUAAAAAAAAAGGGAUGGUGCUUGGUGUGCUGCCAAACUGGCCAUCAGAGCAGACAGAUGAACAGACAACAACCAGCAUGUGGCCCGUAGUUGUAUCACACUCUACUUUAGAGGCUAGUCUGACCAGUCAAAUGAGUGUGAUAGUCUGUAUGCAGUUUUAAAGUCUGCACCAUUUCUUUGAAUUCAUGUUGCAUUCACAGAAUUCGUCAGUGUACAUAAAGUAGAAAUGAAUGUAGAUGGAUAGAUAGAUGGAUCCUUGUUGCUUUGGCCCAAAAUGCUGUAUUUUUGGGUCCAAGUUGUUGAUCAAAUACAUGAAGUUCUUGUUCCACUGGAGGAUUUGUGACACUCUUGGGCCAUAAAUAGCAGAUAAACAGUCUUUUCCUCCAGCAACAUUUACUGCCGGUCAGUGAAAGAAAGCAACAUAACCUACUUUCUAAAAAGAUGAAUUUGGAGGGCAUUUUAAUACUUUGGAGAUUGUGGGUUUAACAUGGUGCCCUGGAUUGGCACAGCCAUGGUCACCGUAGCAACCACUGGCAUUGAAACUGCUUUCAGCCAAUCCCUGCUGUUCGUGACCAUGAUGGGCAGUGGCCUUGCUUAAUCAUGAUUCAGAUAAAGAAAGUCAGGGGUCGGGAGCAGUUCGCAGUCCUCCUCUCUUCAACAACAAUCUUUAUCAGUGUCGCUGCGUAGCCUUGAUAUGACACACUUUCAUAUCACUGCCUUUGUAUGGCAGUUCUGAUAAUGUGUGUUUGUGUAACUCUUUUAUUAUUUAUCUUCUUAAAGGCCAACUGUACUUUUCCAUCAGCCUGUAAAAACUGAAGUUUCCUGAAUGAAUGAUGAAAAUGAAAAGAGAGAGUGCAAAACCUCAUAACUUUUUAACCCUUGCUGCUUCAGUACAUUUAUUUUAUGUAUUACACACUUUUAUUUUCCACCAUAAGACGUGCAUUAAGUCUGACCUGCUUACCAGACUGACAUACACAUCAAACUAGGCCUGGACGAUAUAGAAAAAAAGCAUAUCGAUAAAAAAUAAAUCAUAUUGAUCGAUAUCGAUAAUUAUCGAUAUAAUUAUUAUAAUUAUUUAACAUAUAUUUUAAUUGCAGCCCUGGAUGUUUUUUGCUAUUGCUUAAUGACCUACUUUUAAUAAAGAACACACAAGCACUGAAUUCAAAUUCAAACCUUUAUUCAACCACCUUUUUUAUUUUACCACAACUGAAAGUUUUUUAAAAAAGAACUAAAAAAAAAAAAAAGAAAUCAACUUAAGUGGCCUGAGUGACGUCAGUAAAUACUGACAAACAUAAAGACUAAAGUGACCAGAAAAUCUGAUAAAUAAAUAUUUAAAUAGUCUUUUGAUGAAAAUAAACAAAACAAACAAAUAUAUAAAUAAACAGAAUAGCUUUAGGUGGGAAUAGCAUACUACCAGUUUUAACUGUGUGGGAAACUGCCCACAGCCUGGUGUCUGAACACUGAAAUAUUUCUCCCGGGGUCGGGAGAUUUAUUUUUUUUAAUUAUCAUGUGAUUGACUUAAUACACAAACUAAGCACGAGAAGCAGGACUUAUCCACGCCGGUGUUGUGUCAUAGAAUGCACCCCUGCCGAAUGCACCCCCUGCUAGUAGCCAUGAUCCAAAUACUCGCGUCUUUGUAAAAUAUGAGCUCAUUUUCUUCCACUUUAAGAAGCUAAUGAGUGGACGGGAUGCAGGGGUGCGUUUCCUCCGCACCCUUCUCACCUUUUCAACCCCUGACCCAUUUUCAUGCCUGAAGCGCUGUGUUUGAGAAAUACUUGCGGCCGGGCACUUCAUAUCGCGGGUCGAGAGUGGCUAGAAGCUGGUCGAAGCCAGGCUUUUCAACGGUAGUUAUUGGCAGUAUGUCCCUCGCUAUGGAGCAUGUUACUGCAUGGGUGAUGUCCUUAUGCCGCUUGGACGCUUUGUCGUAUUUUUGGAGAGAAACGAAGUCCAGUUUGGUCUGCUUCACUUGCUUUGUGCUGGUGCUGGCAGCGGCUCCAGAGGAUUCCUCCGACGACGACGACGUGGAGCCGCGGCGCGGCCGACACAGCUCGUACUCCUGCGGGUGCGACCGGUUUAGAUGGUAAAACAAGUUGGUUGUGUUACCAGACUUGGUUUUUACUAAUUCUCUGCAAAUUUUGCAAACGACCGCUGUUCGCUUUUUGACAGACUUCUAAAAACCAAAACAUUGCCAUGCUGGUGAACUACUGAAACCUUUUUUCGGGACAAUUUCCUCCGCUUCUCCUUGCUGUAUCAUUUUUUCUAAUACACGUGCUGUCUGUUGUGGUUUGAGAGGGGCUGGGCUUGGUGCCGUAGCGUACCUGGGUCUGCGUUUGUGAUUGGUUGGGAGGAAGUAAUGACUGUAGUAAAAGCUACAUGAUAGGCUAUGAUGAAAAAGAAAGGGAAACUGUGUUUUUCUAUCGAACUUUUUAUCGACCCGUUUUUUUUCUAUCGCACCACACGUCUAUCGAUCGAUAUAUAUUGUUAUCGAAUUAUCGUCCAGCACUACGUCAAACACUACUGUUUUAUCUUUGAAGCUGUGGUUAAAGUCACAUUUAAAGCCAGCUUACAAGUGUAUGCUCAUUUUAAUGACCCGACUCUAAACAGAAGCUGGAGAACGACAAGGUUUGGAGUUCUUUUGUGACUGUAAAUGGUCACAUAAGGGGGGACCACAUUGGUCUUGUUUAUGUUACACUCCGGCCAUUUGAUGAGAGCAUGUUGGGCUCUUUUACCCGCAGGCUGGCCACUAAUGUUAUUCUGCAGUUGGUGUUUUACCAGCGCACAGGACUCCGGCUGCAUAUUGUGCCAGAUUUGAGCGUUAAUGCCAUAUACAGUCUCCAGCCUGCACAUCUGUUACCUUUUUUUCAACCCUGGGAACCAAACUGAGGUUUUCAAAAGCAUAUUGCUGUAGUCCCAGCUGUUUAUAUCUGUGUCUUUGUAAUAAUUAAUCUCUCACAGCUUGGCUCUGCCACACACAGUAUUUACCACAUCCCAGGCUAUAAGGAUUAUACCCGUCCAUGUGAUGUCUCCAGGGACUCAUCUCUUGAACUGUGUGUCAGGACCCAAAAUUAGUCACAGGCCCAUCUCUCACGAGUUAUCCUAAUGGCUAAAGAAGCGAUAUGUUAUGAUGAAGAAAACAUGCUCCUGUAGCUGUAGAGAAAUUAUUUAUAGGGCUUGAGGCUGUGAACGUAGCAGAAACCUGGAGUAUCGAGUUCCAUAAAUGCAGCGCUGAUAAGGUUAGAAACAAAGCAUUCCUUUCACCCACAUUCUCCAGGUGACGUCUGUUCUGCUGGUUACAAGCUGUCACUGAUAACGUGUUGGACUUUGUCAUCACACUGCUACAUAAACUAUAUUCAUAAAGUAAUGUUUUUCAGAUAUGGCACACUCCUCUUUUGUUACUCAGAUUAAAUGUACAUAUCCUUCAGCAGAGGCUCACAUGUUUUUUGACGUAAGUACAAAGCGAUAGUGUUUGAUAAGAACUUAGCAGAUAAAUCCCUUCAUAACCGAUUAUUGCCCCCCAACCAAUGAAUCAACCACCCACAGUCUUUUAUUCACUGUGGGUCAGUCUCUUCUAUAGCCAUAGUCUAGUGCUGCAUCUGUUGAGCUCUACAGUAGUCCAGAACAAAUACCUAGAAAUUAGUUUAGACUUUCAAGUUUUGUCCCCAUUUACACACACAACACAUUACAGUUGUCCUUGACCACGAUUCUUUUUUUGAUGUAGUUUCAUUAUUUUAUGUCAGACAUAAAGUAAGCAGAUACUGUUUUUAGCUAGGAUGAAACAUCAAAACAACAUCAAACAACUGAACAUUCAACUCACAGUCUAAUUUUGACAUCACUGCAGUGAAUUUUCCCUUAGGGGAUAAAUGAAGUUCUGGUAUUUUACUGUGAGUCAGUUUUAUCAGAAGAUGAACUGCUGUAAUCUUUCCAUGCCUCUGGACGGGCAGUGAGGUCUGCAGUCAUCAGUGAACUUCGACUUUACUUGAUUCACUUUGAUAGCAGCCUGUUCUCAGUCAGGAAAUGGACUUUCCAAGGCAGGAAUUAAGCUAGUAAGUAACUAUUAAGGGAGUUAGAUGACCUUUGACUACUUGACCGCUACAGAGUCAAUUCAUCAAAGCAUUGCUUGCCACUGUGGCCUCUCUUGUUUGUCUGAUGUGUCCAUUAAAUGAAAAAUAUCACACUAAUGGUUAACAACUAUCCUUUUUAGCUUUUGUCACAGCAGCUGCCCUGUGUUUUUUUUCAUGGUAAAGCACAGCACUGAUAGCGUCAGGGUCAUCAGGGGAUUUCCACUGUUGCCAGAUAAGCACUUUCUCAUGGUAUUUUGAGGUCCUUGGCAAUAGUUAUAGUAAAUGGUAUAUGCUUUUGUGCACUGCUGUAAACAUGACAGAGUAGCCACUGCACUGAUAAUCUGUAGGUGGCAUGACCUGUGAAAUAUUUUUGUGAAUAUUAUGAUAGUUUCUUACCCUGAUUGGAUUAUUAAAACAGUUUUUUUUUUAUCUGCAAUGACAAAAGAAAGUUUACAGUGAACCCAGGCUAAACAGAAGAGAGUGCAGCUGUAAAAACACCUUCAUCCACAAUAUUACCUCUAUCUAUUGAUCGCAGAGCAAGCUUUAUUGUGUAGUGUCAAUAAAGCUUGAAAAAAAAAAGUAGAGCAGUGUCUGAAGCACCUUAACUUUUCAUGCUGAAGAGUUCAACAGUUUGCCAGCUCAGUACUUGUCACACACUCAUGUAGAAAUGCACUAUUGCACUAUUUGCUUUUUUAUGUGAUAAAUUUGUCUUUAAAAACAGAGAAGAGUUUGUUUCUGAUGCAUCAUUUUUAUCACUGACUGAAACAUUUUGGUAUGAUGAAAACUAUGAAAGCAAGAUAUGACUUUUUCUAGACAAUGCCUUUACUAAUAACAUCUCCUAAUGGCUUGUGCUGAUAAGACUGCUCUUAUUUAUACACUUUUUAUAUUUUAAACAAAUGUUUUUUGCACAGCUAAGGUGAAGAAACUACAACAUAGUGAGCAGAGAUGCACAAUUUGGAGUUUUCUUUGCUUACAGUUCUUAUUUAGAUUUUUGUGGACUCACAUAAAGACAAAGGACAGUUGUCCAAAUUCACCGGACUCCAAGUCCAUAUGUCUGUGGUAAAACACAUGCAGCUGACGUUGUGGGUUGGACUAUGAAUGCAUGUAAAGAUCACAUUGUACAGGGCAGGUAAGAAUAGGUCUGCAAAGUGGUGGCUACUCUGGAUUCUGUUCCAAAACAAUCCAAAGAGGACCUUACUUUGCUGUACAACAGUUACAGAGACUGCAUAACCACUGAGCAUCAACACAUCAGUCAAAAACUGUGAAGCAAGUUGUUCACAGCCAGCAAGGACCAGAAAAAUCGAAUUAAAUGAAGCAGUGCAGGUCCAUCUUAGUUUGCGAUUAGAAAUCUACCUUUCAGUGUGUUUAAGGGCUGGGUUAUCAAAAAAGUUAAGUUACUAUACAUCAUUCAAUCAGAAGAUUACUUUUAGUUUUUGGUACGUGACUAUCAUAUAUGGAUUAUCUCUUCUCUGAUCUAGACUUAUGAAAUGUCAGUGAUAAGCAAAACAGGCAUUAGCAAACCUGGUGAUACUUGGAAAGGGUUAAACCCAGUGCAGCUCCAUGCACGACAAGGCUACUUCCUUUUAAGGGCUUAAGUCCUCUGGAGAGAGGCAACAGAGAGGGGGAGAGAGUGGGAGAGAAAGAUAGAGGAAAGGGUGGGAUACUGGGAAAGGGAGUGAGUCAGAUCUGGGGAGAAUGUGUGUUUCAGAGAAAGAGAGACAGAGCAAGAGAAGAGGAGAAAGUUUUAGUGGGAGCGAAAUGGACAGAGUAAGAUCAUGUGAAAGGUAAAGAGAGUGAGAAGGGAAUUGCAUGGUGGGGAACAGGGACUAAAACAGAAGCAGUGCAGAGCGUGAGAAUAAUGGUGGGAGCUUGAUGUUGUUGAAGGGGGAUGGUUUUAAGCUGGGAGAGAUGAGAAAGAAAGAGAGAUUUCUUCAUUUCCAUCUGCAGACAUCUCUAUAGUUCAAAAUCGGCAGUAGCUGUCCACAGUUACCCUGUGUUAUAAAUUAAACAUUCAAAAAGUUCUCACCAACAUAAAUGACUUGAGUAGUUGUAAAACUGUCGGGUGUUCAUUUGUUUGGCUCACAUGUAUGUUCUCCUCAUGUUUGUACUCCAUAUAUCAUAUUUACUGGUCCAGUCAUUUGUACCUGCUUGUGUGCGACACAGCAGAAGGGUCCUAUUAACUUAAGUGACAGGAUGACGGGGAGUGCGAGGUAAAACCUAAUAACACUUGAGUCUGAUCUACUUCUUGACACGACCACUUCAUCCUGUUAGCCAAGUAUAACAGAAGAAGGUUUCCAUUCAGUGGACUAACCAUACUCUACUGUAAUAAGAAGGGGUGUCAAGAUUCUCCAAGUCGGUGUUUUUGAAUUUGACCCUGACUUUAGGGUCUUAGUUUUUGAUUUAGUUCUGAAGUAUGACAACCAAUGCUAUGCCCCUGUGUUCAGGAUUCUUCUGUAUUUGCCUCUUAAGACAGCCCUGAUUUAUGAUAUUUGGGUCUUUGGUUGAGUGUUUUGGUCUACACAUUAGGGAUGUAACAAUUACCAGCAAGAUGAUAAACCUGACGGUUAUUACUACCGUUUCAAAUUUUAAUUACCGUUAAAACCGUGUUUGGUUGCCGCACUCUGAAAAAGCUCACAAACUGUUCAGUGCUGAGAAGAGCAGCCGCACGCAGCAGUCCUUCAGACACAGGCUUGCCGCGCGCAUGCGCAUGGCGCAGUACGCAACUUGUAAACAUGGUGGAGGGCAGUUCUGUGGGCAAUCUGCCGACCGUGUUGCAGAGAUUUUUCCGCUGUCUAAGUAAACAAAUUCAGAAGUCUGGGCAUAUUUCGGCUUCCACAAAGGGUUGCGAUAGUUCCCAGGAAGCUUUUGUGCAUCCCAGCAACCAGCGUGCCGUCCUACAGGCUAUUCAGUGCCAGCAGGCAUAUCGUUUCCCCUCACAGAUCACUACUCAAACCAGGAAAGUAAAUAUGCUGACAUUUUCACAUUUUAAAUUUUAAGUAGUGAGCAAAGUCAGCAGCAGCACCUUAUGGUGGAGAAAAUGGACGAUUAGUGUGGUUCAUUUGAUUUGUUUACAUAUUUUAUAUUAUUUCAAACACCUGCACUACACAUUUGUGUACAUUUGGUUGUAUUGUUUUAUAUAGUAGUGUUGCUCUGUUUUAUAUUUGUAAGAGUAGAUCUUUUUGAGCACUGAAGAUUCUUACAAUUUGCACAAUAAGGAAUGUCAUUUUAUUAAAAUUUUAUUUAUUUGUUAUGUUAAUGUUGACGCCACUGGCGCAUGUCUUUGUACUUUGUUAUUACUAGUACUAGUGUUGAUUACCUCUGGCUCUUGUAAGGCAUGUAUAAGUACUUUUUAAACAUUAUGAACAUAUUUCAACAAUUCCGUGAUAAUGUUGAUAACCGUGAUAAUUUUGGUCACAGUAAUCGUGAUUUUAAAUUUUCAUAUUGUUACAUCCCUACUACACAUAUACACCACCUUCUGAUCAAGACUUGCUCAGCUGUUCAGCUACUCAAGUUUCACAGCCUGUAUUUUUAUUUGAUGUAUUCUGUUUGUUUUUCAAGUGUUGGUGGAUGCUCUCUGAAAUCUCUAUACUUAAACCACUUUAUUACCAUGUGUCAUGUCUUCACUGAGAUGAUAGGUCAUCUAUUUUCCCAGCUGACUCUCAUAUGAUACAAACAGCUCCAGGCGCGACACCAACAGUACAAGCGACACACUACCUCUCUGUUAUGAUUAAGUACGAUUCCACCACAGCAGGAGACCCUAUAGAAGUUAUACAAAAUGCUGUUCUGAUAUCUGAGUGUUUGCUCAAUCAAUGAUUGGUACAGCCUAAGUUUGCUGUAGGCAAUAAUUGAAGUGGAUUACACUUGUUAUUUGGUGCUGGUGUGACGCACCCCAGUAUUUGACAUGAUAUGUUGACCAGUGGGUGAAGACACGCAGUUGUAACUGGUGGGACAUGGUAGUUGCAGCCAUGCUUGUUUGGCUAAAAAAUUAGUGUCAGAAACAGGGGCAAGGCAUGUAUAGGCCACAGUGUACUGUUUUUAGUGUGAGUUCCCCAAUUAUCAAAAUCUGAUUCCUCUAAGCCAGGAUAUGAUGUUGAUGUCCACAGACAGAAAAACAGGAGACCUAAAAAUCCAAUCAGAACCAUAAUAAUCAUGUUAAACGUAUUGCAUGUUGCUUGUUUUUUUGUUUUGUUUUUAGAAUUUAAACAUAUUAUAUUGCACAUAAAAUCUUUUUGAAGACCAUCAAAUCUGUCUAAAAAAAAACAACAUUAAGCAUGCUUUUACAGUGCAUCCGGAAAUUAUUCCUACCACUUCACUUUUUCCACAUUUUGCUAUGUUACAGCCUUAUUCCAAAAUGGAUUAAUUUCCUUUUUUUCCCUCAAAAAUUCUACACAAAAUACCCCAUAAUGACAAAGCGAAAAACUUUUUUUAGAACAUUCUGCAAAUGUAUUAAAAAUAAGACACUCAGAUGUUGCAUAUACAUAAGUAUUCACACCCUUUGCUAUAAAACUCAAAAUUGAGCUUAGAUGCAUCCUGAUUCCACUGAUCAGUGUUCCUCCAACUUGAUUGCAGUCCACCUGUGGCAAAAUUAGCUGAUUGGACAUGAUUUGGAAAGCCACACCUGUCUAUAUAAGAUCCCACAGCUGACAGAGCACGUCAGAGCACAAACCAAGCCAUGAAGUCGAAAGAAUUGUCUGCAGACCUCCGAAACAGGGUUGUAUCGGCGCACAGAUGUGGGGAAGGUUACAGAAAAAUAUCUGUUGCAUUGAAGAUCCCAAAAAGCACAGUGGUCUCCAUCAUUAAGAAAUGGAAGGCGUUUGGAACCACCAGGACUCUUCCUAGAGCUGGCCGCCUAGCCAAAAAGGGCAAGCGGGGGAGAAGGGCCUUGGUCAGGGAGGUGACCAAGAACCUGAUGGUCACUCUGACAGAGCUCCAGUGUUCCUCUGAGGAGAUGGGAGAACCCUACAGAAGGACCACCAUACUUAUGUAUGCAACAUUUGAGUGUUCUUAUUUUUAAUAAAUUUGCAAAAUUUUCUAAAAAAAAGUUUUUCGCUUUGUCAUUAUGGGGUAUUUUGUGUAGAAUUUUUGAGGGAAAAAGGGAAUUUAAUACAUUUUGGAUAACAAAAUGUGGAAAAAGUGAAGUGGUAUGAAUACUUUACGGAUGCACUGUAUGUUAUAUGUUUGCUGAAAUAAUAAACUUACAGAGAAAAGAGUCAGCCACAUAUACAUGAUGUGACUAUUUCCACUCAUUAUUUCACUUAUUGGUUGCUGGCUGCGAAGUAUACGCUCUUCUCCAAUAAAUGUAUAUUUUAAUUAAAAAAGCCAGUAUCAGUGAUGGUCUGUGAUAAUUACUGCAUACAUGUGCCAAUAUUUUCUCAUUUUUUUCUGUCUUUUAUUUAUUGCACAGUCAGCCUCUGUUUCAUACAGAAGGAGAGAUGCUGCCAGAAAAUGAUUUUUUUUUGUCGCACAUUUUGAAGGUAUUGUUCAGAAGGGAUUUCUAUGUAUACGUAGGUGUGAACUGCAGUAGAUCUGCUUUAUUAGGUCUGCUUUCCAGCUUGCCAUUUGUCGUGUGCCUUCAACCUUGUGUGUUUGUGUGUGUGUGUGUGUGUGUGUGUGUGUCUGUGUGUGUGUGUGUGUGUGUGUGUGUGUCUGUGUGUCUGUGUGUCUGUCUGUCUGUCUGUGUGUCUGUGUGUGAGUGUAUAAAGUAGCACAUGUAUCUUGUAUUUUAUAGAUGUGUCUGGUGCUGCCUGCCUCACUGUGUGCCCCAGCGCAUGAUUAAGCCACUGUGUGUCGGUGUGUGUGUCACAUCUUUGUGUGAGUGCAUGCCAGCAGAGGCUGACACUGACGUCUACCUCUGGAGGGAAGGCAACACGUGAGGGAAGCUCCCUGCUCCACAUCUGACCCUGCUGUUAUCAAUCAGACCUUGAGAGGAGGACAGACAGAGGGGGAGAAAUCAGCAGAGAGGAGGAGAGACACUGAGAGGAAAGGAGGAAGAAAGGCACAGAGAGCGAGUGGGUGGAUACAGGAAGAACAGAUGGCGGGGGCUGUUAAUUUUUUUUUAACUCGUCGAGGAAAAGAAAUGUUGGGAAAUGGGGAGAUACUGUAGGUGAGGGGGACUGGGGCUGAUGACAGAUGGAGGAAGAUACAUGUGACUGUCUUUUAUAGUUGAUUUUAUCAGCCUGUCUCUCUUGUUGCUUGUUAAGAUUAUUGUUAAACAUAACUAAGCAAAUGAAUGGUCAACAUGUUAAAUGGUCACUUAGUUCAGUUUUGAUCUAUUAGUCAGUGAGCCAGUUUGUGACGUUUUGAAGUCCUCUUCAUUGAAUGAUAACCACUCUCACGGGGCACACAAAAAAACAAGUGUCUGCAGACACUGCAGGCAGUCUUGUCAGCGUGGCUGCUGUGGUGAAAGGUGGUAAAAUGUUAACUUAGAGCCCUGUGCCGUCAUUUAAACUCUCAUGUACAAUGCCAGAAUUUUCUUAAAGGUAGGUAAAGAUGUAAAAAUAAGUUAAAUGGCUUGGCAGAAAUUCAAAAGUCCCUUGUGGCAAUAUUUUACGUAGCCAAUACGAAGGAAUGACAAAAAUAAAAACAUUCUCAUUUAAGUUCAGCAUUUUUGCUCACUAGUGAUUUCCAUGAAAUUGUUGUAUUUUAUCAAAUACAAAAAUAGCCCGUUGAUAUUGGUAUAACACAGUAUAUUGGCUAUUUGCUGACCUUUCCUCCAAACAAACAGAAUCAGUUGACUUCUUAUUAGCCCCAAGCUUUUAAAAAGGAAACUUGUUUGCUUUGAUGGCUGCUUGACAAGCUGAAAAAUCGGAUUAACACAAAAAAAAAGAAGAAAAAAAUAACAACUUAGAUUGUAGGUUUUGAGGCUUCAGAUACAAUACGUUUUUCAGUGUUUCUGAUAAAAAAAAUGAAAAUCUGCCAUUUAGGCAAAAAAAAAUUUAAGUGUAGUCAUCACCUGAAGCAAAGAGAGUGCCAUCACAGGCUUGUGUUUAUGAUACUUAUUUGAAUGAGUUGUCCACUACAAUUGUUGUUUGAACUGUGAAGCUGGGUAAAAAAAUCUUUGGUCAUGCAACAUUUAUUGUCCAUGCUAAGUGACGGACUGAAGUAACAGAUAACACCUGUCCUCCUGCCACUGCCUCCUUUCCUGGAAAAAAAUAAUCUUGAAAAAAUAAAUUAAAACUUCCAAAAGGCAUUUCAUGGCCACCCAAGAAGCUAAUCUGUUGGGUAGACUUGUCUUUUUUAGAGGCCAAAUCUGUCCAGAAUAGUACACUUUCUAUUACAAGAAGCAGAGAUGUAAGAGGGAAACCAGGAGGUGUGAGCAGCAACAGGUGGGCAGACAAAUAACAGACCUGUCCUGUCUUGUUUAUGUCUCUUAUUUCCCUCUCACUCUCCUGCUUGAAAGUCAGCCGUUCUUUCCACAGUUUAGGUAGGGGUUUAUUAAAUCUCUGCUAACUGCACAGCUUGUCCUGUCCUCAUGUAAUUUGUUUUUCUUUUUUGUCUCAUCCAUCUUGCCAGUGUAACCACUCUGUAGCCAUUUUGUUAAAGCAAAAGUGACACAGUAAAACAUUGAAAUUUCAAGUGUCAGAGGCAACCAUGUCCAUGCGCUGGUGUCCUCCUCUCCUUGACUAACUGGUUGAUGUAUCGAUGGGCCAAGCAGACAGACAGUUGCCCACUGAGAUUGGCUAUAAGAAAAAUCAAUGGAAAACACCAGGCAGGCAUGGAUGAAUUGCUCCCUUUUCCUCAUACUCACUCAGGGGGCUUUAUCCUUCUCUCUUUCUCUUGCCUUAGAGAUGAUCUCUCUCUCUCUAUCUCUCUCUAUCUCUCUCUUCCUUUUUGAUGAUUUUUCUACAUUUUUGAAGUAUCACCAGUUAUCACAUGCUAAAGCCGUCCUCUGAUCCUCUAAUCCUGUGGCUGGCUGUUUAUCCCUCUCUUUUUGUAUACAAACACAAUAAAUCUCUUGUCUGCUCUCUCGCCAUCAAGUUGUUCCUUUCUAUCUUUUUCCCCCAUAUCAGUGCACACGUAUAGCAUACCAGUAUUCAUCACAUUGUAUGCAUUGUAUUUGAAACCAUGUUGCUCCCCUCUCCCCUCUCACUGCUUCUUUUUGUUUUAUUUCUUUUUAUUUUAUUUUAUUUUUGUACAUUAUAAUAAAACUCCCUGUCACCCCAUUUGGUCUGCCUUCAUAUUUCUCCCCCUCUGGCUCUCACAUGGUCCUCCCCUUCCUUUUUCUCUCCCCCUCUAUGGCACUCCUCUCUCCAUCUGUUAAUGCUGUUAUGGCAGUGAGUGGGUGUAUGGGGAGGGAUGGAGAGAGAGAGAGAGAGAGAGAGAUGAGGGGAUCUGCCAUUUGCAUGGAAGGGAAAGAGGGAGGAUGGCAGCCCAGUGUGGGGGAGGAGGGAGGGCAGAAGGGGGUAGAGUUGUUAUGGUGAUGAGAUAGUCUUUGUGUUAGGUUGCUAUGGCAACUUCAGGCGUACACUUGAUACAGCCACCAUCACAAUCCCCCCGCCCCUUUGGCCACAUGACUGUAGGGAGAGCACUUCACACAUUGCACACUCAGACUUACACACCCACACGUGCACACACAAAAGCACGAGCACACACACUCUUUUUUUUAUCAUGUCCACCUGCCUUUGACAGACAAAACUGUGUGUAUGUGGCUGGUAAAGACAAUGCAUGAUUCAUUUUGAAAUUGGCUGAAACCACAGGACUGAAAACGUGCUGAUUGAGCCAUUUGAGUUUAAAUGCCUCCAAAAGUCGACUUGUAUAAAGAAAACACUCUCACUGCCAUUAUUCUAGUUUCUGACUUUUCUUUAUCUCACCACUAACAUAGAGCAAAUGUACUGAGGUGAAUCACUGGUUGUAUAAUGUGGUUUUAAUAGUUGGCAAGCUACAAGCUAUAAAGUUACCUGAACCUUGAAGCUAAACUCAGAAUAAGGUAGCACCAAAGAAUACCCCCACAACCAAAGUGAUCUUCCGCUGUGAUGUCUGAGCGAAACAAGCAUCAUUAAAAUGACUUAACGGUGUACAUGCAGAGAGAAUAUCAACAAGAAUGAAGCAGAAUGAUAGCAGUAAAAUAGGUGGCGUGUGUGUUAGUGUGCAUUUUUGUUGGUCUUUGUACCUCUUCGCUGCAGUACCUGCAGUGAUCUGACCUGUUCGUUAGUUUGACUUGGAUCAAAACAAAUCAAGUUAAGCACUGUGGAAUGUGUUCUCUUGGUAGGUGGCUGUAUUGUAGAUAAUAGAGUUUGUGAGAGGAGAGUGAUUGCACUGAAGGAAACAAAAAGUGGAAUGAGGGCAGAGUGAAACCAGGUCGCUGAAAGGAUAAUUGUUAUUUUCCAGGUGGUGUUAUCAUGAUUUCUGUGAUAGAAACUCUUUUAGAGGACUAUGGUGGUGUAUUUGUCUCUAACCUGUAAAAAAUUCCAAAAGCUCUAAGAUUUCUAAAUCCAUCUGAAAAACAUUGAAGCAGUUACUGUUGCCAGUUUUUUGCUUGGAUAGGUAAUGAAUCACACCGAGCAGCAUGUUGCCUUUCCUCAGGCAACUGUCUUCUUUUACAGGGAUAAAAGCAAAUGAGAGAGAGAAAGAGAAAGGCUUCCAUAAAAGAUGCCAAUACAGAUUCAGACUGGAGGUGUUGUGGCUCAUGGUUAAUACCUUGACCCUAAGGCCAGGGUUUCCCAAUGUUUUUAUUUUGUGACCCCCAAAAUAACAGUCUUAUGAGUGCCCCCCUCUGGAGGUGGUUUUACCAGUGAGCCAAUCCAAAAGUAGACCCUUGAACAAGUAAUAAAACAGCCAAACAAUCAAAUAAAUUAAAGUAAUUUAAGAAAGGCUAAAGGUAACCCUAAUAUUUCUACCGUACUACGAGUAGACAUACAAUGUUAAAUAAGCUGAUGUGCAGGAAUGCCUUUGUUCAUUUCACACUGGCCUUGAGCCUUAUUUAAUGUGGCCAAUUUGGAAAUGAGCCUCACUCUGUGCAUAUGAUGCAGUUUCCUGUGUGACUAUAAGCUGACCUGCUGCAACCAACACUGUUUAUCUGUUGUAAUCAUCUCAGGGGUCAUCUGUUGGGCCCUAGGAAAUCCAUUUUAUUUUUUUCCAAAUUUUAAUCUUUUAGAAUUCCAUUUUUUACCAUUUACUCUUACCAACCACCAUAGACUGUGUGCUUUUUGUGUCGGCGAAUAAAAUGUAAAUGUAAAUGUUAACGCAAUGCAGAACUAAAUUUAUAGAUUAAAUAUAUCAUUGCACAAUUUUGCCUAGUAUUUCAACAUGUUGAUCAGUUCAGGAGGAGGAGGGUGAGUGUUUGUGAGGAGAUGCAUUGGCGGUGCCACAAAUGGGCAGUCCCUUGAUCAGUUCCCUAGACAACUGUUCCUUCUCCUCACGAUGACAGCAUUUCAGUCACUUUGUCAAUUUCCGCGAUAUUCUGGGUUGAUCAGUAGAUCUCGUUUUUAUUGGCCAGUUCUGUGAUUCCGUUAACGCCAAAAUCAUAGGACCCUAUAUAUGACAAGCAAAAAUGCAGAGAGCCAAUGCCAGGUUUUUAUUUAUAUGGUUUACCUUGAACUGAAUUGAAAUUGAAUCGCUAAUAACUUAGUCAUAGGAUAUUGUAUUACUGAUGUUUGAACUCAUUCAUGAGGAUGCUAGUGACCCCAUGUUCUGUUGUUUUUUACUCCUGGCUGUUGAUGACAUAAGCAUGUUUCUUCAUUUUAAUGUAUUUUUUUCAGUCCAUUCAGGACUUUUUAGAAGUGUUCGUGUCGUAAUUCAUGGGAUCUGGGGUGACUCAAAGUAUUCCAAGUGUCUUUUAAUAUCCUUGUGAGUCAGGUCAUUUUGAAGCCAAAGACAGUUUUCCACAUUGUGGACAUUGUAAAGUUCAUUUAUGACAAAGUUUCCAGUAUCUCAGUCUACACUGAUUAAAUUGACAGAUAUUUCAUUUCCUCCAAUCUCUCCUCUCUUGCCGUCUGCAGCAAUUGCAGUAUGAUCAACUACUGCUUAACAUCUUCAAUUCCACUAUUACAUGCUUAUAGUCAGUCGUCACGGUUUCCUAUGCACAAACAAGCAGAAAAUGAAACGGCAAAGGAAAGUGUCUGUAUGUCUCGCAUAUUAAACGCAGUGUCGGCUACCGUUAAAUCACGGUUUUGUAGUGUAAUGCAGGCACUCCUAUGGUGGAUUGUCAACUCAUAGUGUAAACCAGGCUGCAGGUCAUGAGUGGGCCACCAUGGUCAUCAAUAGUCAGCUCUUUUAAAUCUAGUACCAAGAAUUUCUGUCAUGAGAAACAAAAACUGAAAGGUGUUUAAAUCAAGAUUUAUGGCAAGUGAAAAAGUUUGACAACAUUUUACUAGGGCUGGGUGAUAAAACAAUAACAACAUAUAUAUAUAUUAAAUUAAUUUCCCUCAAUAUCAAUAUAAAAUAUGGUCAAUAUCCUUUUCAAUUGUAGGCAUUCUGCCAUGUUUUGGUAGACUAUACGAGUAGCCAAUGAAAAGGGGAGUUGCUCGGGGUCCACUUCGCACUGAACCAAUCAUGAGCUGAGUUAGAAACAAGUAGCAAACAACUGUGUAGUAGCAGGCUGCAGCUACUACAACCAUAUCCAAAAUAAGUGCUACCCCUGGCAGAAAUGCAGAUGAAGGCUUAAUAGAUUAUGACAUUGUCGACAACACUGGCAUGAAAACGUUGGUGGUGUGGAGGUAUUUUGGUUUUUCGAGGUCAGACAUGAAGCAGAGUACAUGUUCUCACAAAGUCAGGGAAUAUCUCAAAUCUUUUUUACCACCCGAAGCAGCGCCACGCGGUAAAGCACGCACAAUGCAAAAGUUUACAAACCCAGAGUGGAGCAAGGAGCCCAUGGCGCCUGUGCAGCCGAAAUAGCCGACCAUUCAGUCCACUUUCUCUAGCGCAACGCCUUACAACAAAACAUCAAAGAGACACAUAGACCUCACAGAUGCAGUAGCUUAUUGUAUCGCAAAAGACAUGCUACCAAUAAGCACUGUUGAAUUUCAUUUUUUUAUGUUGUGAUAUAUCGAUAACGACUGAUAUGAAAAAAUAUACUGUGAUGAACUUUUUUCCCAUAUUGCCCAGCCCUAUAUUUUACCCAGUCAAAAGAGAGAGUGAGGAGAGUUCUGCAAGUAAAUAACCCAGAACAGGGAAAGACAAAUUGAGGUUCAGGUUUAUUUGGGAAAUUCACACCUAAGACUGGUUCACUGAUGACCGUUAGUCUGAAGGGAAGUGUUUGUAUUCACAUCUUUUGGUCUGCAUUUUUUCAACUAACCUAAACUAAAAAUGAUGCUCUGCUCUUCUUUGUUAAUAGUGUUGCUUCUCUUUAUGUGCUUGAUGAAAAGGGAAGUCAAAUGUUAUAAGGGUGCAGUACUCUGCAUUUUAUACAUUACAUUAUAUUAUAAAAAUAGGAUGCAAUCAGUCAGACCAUGUAGACAGCACACAGCUCAGCGCUUUAGCAUUGACUACAUCCAGUUGCAUGAUGGUAAAACUGAAUAGAAAUUACAGUGGAUUGCUCUUUUGAAAAAAAGUUGCAGUUUAUUUGUCAUUCAAACACGUUAACUGUCAUUGGUCAUUGAGAGUCUGGCAGGGACCUUCUGUUGUUGUUCCACACAUUACUUUGGCAUUGUUAAUCAUUGAUAUUAAAAUGGCAUAUUAGUGGUUUCAUUCUUGCAUAAUUAAAGACUUAAGUGUCAGCCAAUAAAAUCUGUAUUAGUUGUAUUUUGUUUUUGUGCCAGAGCAUUAGGGCCAGGAGCAUAAGCAAAAAUAGGGGAGCUUGUAAGAGGACUAUUUGCUUUUUGUCAUUUGUCAUUUUGUUACAGUCUUACAUACCAACUCCAAUGAAAGUAUUCCUGGUGCUUAGGAAUCAUUCCUGGUGGUUAGGAAGAUGAAGCAAGAGACUAGACCCAGAUCUAUAUGAGAAUAGGGCGGGAGUGGAGUAGUGAAGCCUUGGGAGUAGUAAAGGGAAUGAAGGUCUUUUCCUUUGGGACAGCUGAGGGGAUGAUGUUUACCAUAAAUAACAAAUAGAAGGACGCUAUAAAACCCAAGAAUAGUGUUGAACUCAGAGGAGAGUACAAAUAAUACUAAAACUGUAAUCUAUUCGUAGAAGGGGGGUUAAAAUUGAAACAGCAAAAAGAAAGUAGAGGUUAUUAUCUGCAUAAGAAGAAUCACUCUGAUAGAAUAAGUGGCAUAACAUCACAAGCCGCCGAGAAACAUUUAUGCCUGUUUUGACUACAUUUUCUCAGUCCACUGACUUGCAACGAAAGCCAGACAGCAAUACUUCAUUAUUGUCUGAAUAGUUGUAAGGCUAUCAGGAUAACCAGAAGGAUUUGCAAUAGCACUGCCACAAUAUUGGCUAUAACCUGCAGAGACUUGGAUUUGGUUCAAAGACAGACUCACAGUUCAAAGAGCUGAAACAGCAGCCUCUCGUUUUUUACUGUGUUUUGGCUAUGGCUGUCAGUGUUGUCUGCCAGUAUUUGCUGUCAGGUAUCCAAACAUAGCUUGGACAUAGCUUUGUAUACUAAAAACACUUAAGAAGUUGAAAGUGAAGAUCCACAAGUUUUACACUGAGACACAGCCAACCUGGCUGAUGCAUAAUUGGCAUCACAUGAUGCAUAGUACAAAUGCUCUGUACUUAAGGAGUAGAAACAUAGAAGCAUGUCAUACUGGUAGCAGUGUCAAUGUACUUACCAAAGACAUUAAACUGUAUAUGUUUUGUCAUACACACACACACAUCUGAAAUUGUAUCUCAUUGAUCUAAAUUUUCUUCAGAGUUAGUCAGUUUUUAUUUUUUUCAGUACAGUUACUUUAGUUUUUACAGCCUUCAUGAAACCUUGUGUCCACUAACUAGUACAAGCCAUGCUGCGCUACAAGAUGAUGCCAUCAUCAGUGCUUAUUUACACCGAGGUAAUACAGCAUUAAAACAUUGUGGCAGCAGUCAUUAACCUCACAAUUUGUUUGACCCUCAUUUAAAUCUGGUGCCAACCAUUGAGGGCAACCACAGUUAAACAUUAAGUUGACUAAACACUUGCAUUCCUGGUCCUAAUUAUUGUACCGGCCUUAGGAUUUACUGUGACCUGGAUGGAAAUCAUUAUAUGGGCCAUGAGUUGAUUUGCUCUUUGGCCUGUUUCAGUUUGUCACCUAUUUGGCAGAUGUCAUACUGGACAAUUUCAAAUCUAUUUCAACAGCAUUAAAGCCUUAUAAGUUGGUGUUUCAAAUGGCCCAGCAAGUCUCCAUGUGUAGUGUACAGCAUGUGAGAGGUAACGUGCUUUUAAAUGGAGAUGAAAUGUUAAAGUGAGUCUUUGUGCAUUUGUCCUAUAUGCUUAAGAAAAGGAGAACUGUUCAACAUAGUUAAAUAAGGCUUCCAGUUCAUUCCCCGAAACAGAGAAAAAGUGUUCUUGCAGAUGCCACAAUCAUCAGCCGUAGCUGAGAACAUCCUGCUGCUGUUGAGUGAUAGCAAGUGUGAUCUCCACAGAGAGAAGAGUGUUAAACUCUGUUCAUAUCCCCAGGUGACUGGGGAAAGUGGUGUGCACAUGUGAGUUUCCCCCAGGCUCCCAUCUUCACAGUCUAGAUCUAAUGGGCUCUGGCAGGAUGGUAAUAAGGUAGCAAUGGACACACAGGCCACGUGUGUGUGUGUGUGUGUGUGUGUGUGUGUGUGUGUGUGUGUGUGUGUGGUUGUGUGGUAGCAGUGUGCCAUGCCCAUGCUGACUGGUAACAGCACAAUGUUAGGAAGCAGGUGUUUAGGACCCUGACCUCACCUUCUGUGUGUAAAUUAGCACUCUGCUACACACAUGGUCACAAUGCCCCGGUAGAGACACACAGAUGCUGUUCAAUGCCAAAGUCCACACACACUGAUUGUAGCUUCACACUUACGCACUAACAAACACAGAUUGCACGGGUAUGCUUGUGAUCUUUUACAUUCAAACACACAUAUACAGCUAUUACUGUAGGAUUUCUAAUUUUUUUCUCUAAUCGUCUGCCUGAUGCAUCUGUAUUUCACAGUGUCCUUUCAGGCGGUCUUUUCUCUGAUAAAUGUUGUCUAGUGUCAAGUGGAUGGCACUGAAAUCCUGAACAGAAAUUAAACUUGAUUACAGUUUCUGUUUAGAUACAUCCAGGAAGCAUCCUCUGCUGUGUACAGGAUGUUUUUCCUGUGUUUGCUAAGUUUGAGCUGUCUUCUCUUUUUUCAUCUAGUAAAAGGGUGGUGGAUGAUGAACAGAGUGUAUUGCUACAGAGCUCUUGCGGACAUUAACACAAUUGCAUUUUAUUUAUUACUUUAAAAUCCUUUCUAACGUGUUUACGAUUCUUGUUAACAUAAUGUACUUUCUACUGUAAGCUACACUUAGAAAUCCUAAAAAAAACCUGUGUGGCCAAACACCACAGACAUUAAAUUGUAGGGCUGCUCAAUUAUGGCAAAAAUUAUUAUCACAAUUAUUUUGAUUGAUACAUCUUUAAACGUGAUUACCCAUAACUCGAUAUUUGCAUCACAAGCAUUUACACAACUGAAAACCUCUGCAGCUGAAAGGGACCAUGCGUCAGUUCUUCUCUUCACUUUCAGCCUUAAAUGGAAAAAUUCCCAUGUAGUCAAUUUUGUGUUGUAACAAAUUGAAUGAUUUGAGAUCUUUUACCACUUAGAUUUCAGCAUUAGCUAAGGAGGUGGAGCAGUCCAAUAACUGGAAAGUUGGCGGUUCCUUGGGCAAAACACUUAACCCACCUUGCUCCCAGUGUGUGUCCUCCACUGGUGUAUGAUUGUGAGCGUUGUAUGGUGGUGGUCGAAGAGGCCAUUGACACAAACUGGCAGCCACGUUUCCGUCAGUCUGCCUCAGGGCAGCUGUGACUACGAAGGUAGUUUACCACUACCAGGCUGUGACUGUGUGAGCGAAUGAAUGAUGUAUCCAAUAGUGGUGCAACGGAUCACAAAACUCACGGAUCGGAUCGUUCCUCGGAUCAAGAGUCACGGAUCGGAUCAUUUUUCGGAUCAGCAAAAAGAAAAAAAAACAAGACAAAUAAAAUAUAUAAAAGUAGUGCACAGGGCAUAAUAUCUUCUUUUUAACAUAAUUAUUAAUGAAAAACAACUUAAAGUACAAUAUACAGGCAUAUCUCCUUCCUUUAAAAUGUAACAAUGAACCAAAAAUGAAGUGUGUGCGCGAUGGGAUGUCGUAACGUGGCUCAAGCACUUUCAGCAUGUUUUUAAAGCCCUCGUUUGCACAACUGAAUAUGGCCUCAUGUCUGCAGCUAUAAACACACCGAUAGAGUUUGUGAAAGCUUUAGCCUGGUCGGAUUGCGCAGGAAGAGGCUGCUUAAAUGCUGCGGUGAUGAGCGGUUGUUGGGCAGCUUUCGUUUUAUCUCAGGUGUUAUGCCAAAGAAUGCACCCCUGCCGUAUAGUGCACCCCCUAACGGGAGCGCGGUUGAAAGUACAUAACAAGGCGAAAUAAUACAAGUUUUCCUUACGUUGGAUGUAUUCAACAGCGUUUGCCUUUAAUAAUUUCAUUCAGGCUAUUCAUAUCAAACAUGAGAUCAUUAUCUCCACUUUAAGAAGCUAACGGGUGGAGGGGAUGCAGGGGUUGCGUUCUACGGCAGGGGUGCAAUCUACGGCACAACACCUGUCAGUAAAACACCCGGGUGAUGUCGCUUCAAAUGCGUGAACAUGCUCGAUGUGUUUCCACUGUCAUAUGGCUUUCUUAUGCCACAGUGCCUACACUCCGUCGCAGUUUUGUACACUGACCUCUUUCCUUCUUCAUCAUAAUUGACAGGGAAGCCAAAAUGCUCCCAUACAGGGGAUUUAAGUGUCGCGGGGCGUUCGAGCUCCUCCUUUCUCCGCUUUCAGAAAUCGAUCCGCGGAUCACAUGUGUGCCGAACCGAAUACGUCGAUCCGAACGGAUCACGGAUCAAUGAUGAUCCGUUGCACCACUAGUAUCCAAUGUUAAGUGCUUUGAGGGUCUCUGAUAAAGCGCUAUAAAAGCUGAUGCAUUUUUAUAAUUUAUUUACAGGCUAAAAAAUCUUUCAGUCCUCUUGUGCUCCCAAACUUUGCAGUAACUAUAAUUAUGAUAAUCUGAUUUAUCACCCAGCUCUAGUAAAUUGAUACUCUAGAUUAACUUAUUAAGCAAAUCAAAUAAAUCACUGGUACUGUAAUAAUUUGCCAUUUGAUAAUAAUGCUAAUACUCAUACUACUACUCCUCCUCCUCCUACUACUACUACUACUAAUAAUAAUAAUAAUGCUAAUAAUAAUAAAAAUAAUAAGAAUGCAUGGAACUAAUGAUUCAUUUGUAAUGGGUGCUGACAUAUUGACUUUUUCAGAACCUAGUUCUGUUAGGGUGAGAUUUUUGUCUCCCUGGAAAUAAGCUUAUCAUAUUCUCUGUAUUUUCAUAGAAGCGUUUUUUGUUUUGUUUUGUUUUGUUUUGUUUUUUAACAAAAUAUUACUUGUUAUGAUUAGCUAUAGUCUUUUGUCAGCCAAGAAAUUACGUUUUUUAAUUAUAGCAGCUGACCUAGAUGCAAAGACUAACAGAGCAUGCUGCAGAGAUCAGUUAUGACAGGCUUGCUAGAGAGAGGCCUCAUUCAUUAGGCAACAUUUGACUUAAUUUCACUGUAUUUCAAAUUGAACAAAUCUCACUGGCAGAAAUCUCAGAGGAGGCCAAAGAUCAGAACCAGUUACUCAUCAGCUCUCCUGGCUCUGCUUUUUUCUCAAAACAACACUUAAGUUGGGCAGGUGCCUACUGUUUUGAGCUUUUGAUUGCUGAAUUGCAAAGCACAGACAUAAGAUGUUCACCCUCGUGGCCCUGUAAUGUUAAAUGUCCCAGGAGUAUCUGCACAUUCAAACAGUGCAUUGCAAUAGCUUGAGGUAGGCCACACUGAUGCAAACAUGUCAGCUUAUUGAAUGAAACUGUAAAACAACCCACAAGUGUAAUCAACACAAAGCGUAAAGUUGACACUGACAUCAAACCUAAAGACAGAGAUCCCAGUCUUUAUGGGAAUGAAAUGUGUCGCUAGUUCAGAGAGCCUACCUGAAUGUACAAAGGAUGGGCCGCUGCUCUACAUUGCUUUUAAUUUACUCUUAUGACAUAGUUAUACCUUUAUGUAAUGCUGGAUGCUGAUUGGUUAUUAGUGCUUUUUGGUUAUUAUCUGCAAAACAAACUGCAAACUAUUACAGUUUUCCCACAGGACCAGAAUCUAUAGUGGCGGCAUGUGACUUGUUGAUCCAGUUGACAAAAAUAGAAAACAAAAUUAGUCGCAGGGGGAUUGAAUUGUUCAUAAUUAGUUGGUUACUUCAUUGCGUAUGUUAUCAUUUUGUCUGCUGACAAAGCAUUAAUAAGAUGAUCUUAGUAUUAUUAAUUAUUAUAUUAGACACUGAUAAAAAUGUUUCCCUGAUUACAUUUGGAGGAAUAUGAAGGCUUGCUUGUCGGUGGAAGAAUGUUAUUUGUGAGAUAGUUUAUCAAUCCCUCUGGAGAUGAACAAAAUUACUGAUGACUCAAAUAUCCUGAAGAAUAGCCCUCUAUGUGGCCUCUAUGUGGGUCUGUCUAUGGCAAGUGUACACUCUCUCACUCAGUGGGGGGCUCUUUUUAAAGUAAAGCCUUGUUCAUUGUGAAAAAAAAAUCCAAGCUGCGUUUGUCAUGUGCCAUCUACAUUGUUUUCAAAGUAAAAUUACUUAAACUGAAGGUUUAAGUAGAAAAUUGUUCACGUGAGGACAACUUGCACUCAAACCUUUAAUUCACAUAUUCUUUUUUUUUUUUUUUUAAUCCUGAAGACAUAAAAUCAUUUUAAAGAUAAUUAUUAUUCUCUCUGUAAGUACAAGGGUCUUGUGUAUUAUCCAGUUAUUCAGUUAGUGCAGCUGUGUGUUGUAUCAUCCUUUUAUUGUGUUUGUGUGUGUUUGAUAAAAAUUCGAGAAGCUACAGCAGCUGCUCAGAGUAGCAUCCAUAUGUGUAAACAAUGAACUUUGCCAAAUUUAAUAUUUGUUUUCCUUUCUUAUUUGACCUUUUAGCUCAUCCCUUCACCCCUCUCUCCACUGUUGGAUCUAUUGAGUCUCUCCAACUUUUUUUUCGCAUCUCAUGAUACCUUUGUGUGUUUGACUGUAUCGUUUUCUCUCCAAAGCAGGCUUAGGCACUGACUCACUGUGUGUAUUUUGACCCUUCCUUCUUUUUCAAAUGCCUUUCUUUCUCUUUGAUCAUACAUAUACUGUACGCUCUGAACAGACAUCCUUUAUAACUGUGAGCAAACUUCAAGAAAUGAAAGUGUUCUUGAAUGUCAUGUAAAAACACUGGUGUUAAUUUCAACUCUCUUUCUCUCUGUCCACAGCUCCGCCACCCAGCAGAUUCAACAGGAGAGUGUCAGGUAAGAUGCGUGUACGUGUGUAUCCAAGUGUGUGUGUGUGUGUACGCAUACACUUGACGUCAUGUCCCUUAAGUGUAAUCCACACUGGCGAGGGGGGGUUUUGCAUACAUCACUGGCUAAGUGGCUCACCUGCUGCUUUUAUGUGUCUUAUUGUGUGUGUCAUACAUCCUGAGGCCAGGUGGUAGACUGACGGCUGCGUGUUUGUCUCUGAUGAUGUCAAACGCUCUUUGCCAGUGUUUUCAUAAUGGCUGCAUUUGCGUAUGUCAUGCAUGUAAAACAGUGUUAAGAAGCUUCUCUGAGGUGUGUUUUGGGUUUUUUUUGCGUCCUCUCUCAGUCUGUGUUGGCGCCUGUGGUCCUGUGUGUGUGGCGCUCUUGUUUUCCCACGCUUGGUCGUACACGUCUAGUGUUUACAUGUGAGUAAUUGAAUGUCGUCAGCCGUCACAGAGCGCUGCACUUUGAUUAGGCUCUGGGUGUGUCACCUGAUGUUUAUCUUCACUGCUGUCUUACUGUCUCAGCCGUCCCUGCUGUCUGCACCGCAGCACCAUAAAGGGUUAUUGAAAAGUCUCAAGUGUUUAAUUACACAAGUUGUCACAUUUGUUGAACUGAUAUUUUAACAGAUAAACACAGUGAUUCUACUUUUCUCGGUCACUAUAAUGUUGUGUUGAACCAGUUGAUCUUUGUUAAGGUAAUUUGCCAUUGUAGGUCAUAAUGAUCCUUUUUGAGCCCUGAAGAAAAUUGUGUUAAUAUGACAACAAAGAGAGAACAUCAUUGUCUUGCUUAUUGUAUUUCCCCAGAAAUAACACAGAAGUCUCUACUCACUAAAGAGUCCAAUUUAUAGACAGUUAGUGAUACCGAGUUGUGUUGUGUUGUGUUGUGUUGAGUUGAACUUCACUCAAAGUAAGACAGCUUAUAAAAUGUAAAAGGAAAAACACAUCCCUCUAUCACCUCAAUGGUUUUAAUUCCUCUGUAGUGUGACAGAUGUGUCUUGGGGCAAUGAGCAUCUGGUUGGGGUGGGAAUCACCAGUGGCCCUGCGAUACGAUAUUGUCACGAUACUUGGGUCACGAUUUGAUAUUAUUGUGAUUUUAAACAUUAUGCGAUACAGUGAGUAUUGCGAUACCAUAUAUUGCGAUUUUUGCAAUUUUUUCAACUGCUUAGCUGAUUAGCAUUUGUCUUUCCCUAAUGUUUGUCUUAUUUAUACAGGAUUUUAUUUUCAUGUAGCACAUCUUGCAAACCUCAUAUGUCAUGUCCAUCUCAUUUGUGACCUGCUUGCAUUCCUAAUGUCUUUCCCCAGGUGCUGUUUGUUGUACUAACAUUUCCUGCUAUAUGGUGCCACCCCUGCCAACCUCACUGCUGGACAAACAAUUGAUUUUAUUUUUCCAUUAUCAUAGAUUUGACUUCAUAUUAGCAAUUAAUUGAAAAAAAAAAAAUGAUACUCGGUGUAUGACAUGAUACGAUAUAUCACCCGGCAAAAUAUCGCAAUACUAUGCUGUAUCGAUUUUUUUCUCCGACCCCUAGCAUCUGUGUUUUCAGUCCUAUUUGUAAACUCCCAGUUCAUGCAUUAUCUUUUUCGUCUUUCUGAACAAAAACUUUACCGAAUAGAUUUUGGUGGGAAAAGGUUCCAGUUUUCUUGUCUAAACCAUUUGUGGCCCAAACUCAAUAAUUCAUGAGCUAAUUAGAGCAAGAAAUGUCUGGUUUCCUAAUAUAAAUCAAAUGAGGAAAGUUUUCCUCCCUAAAGGUCACUUUCACUGUGGUAUCAAAAUGUCCCUGAAAAACACUUGAAAGUCUUUUAAAGGACUGUCACUGUUGGAGUGAUUCCAUCUAUCCUCCUCAGAUCAUGUACAAGCUCACUCUGCUCCCCUCAUAUACCUGUUGGUUUGUUUUGCCAUCUGGACAGACCAUUGGUCACUUCUUUUAUUCAAAGAAACAGAGACGCAUAUUCUGUAGUAUAGUGUCCCUACAAAUGAAUGUGACGAAGACAUAUGUACUUAUGCCAUAGUUUUUAAAGGUGAAAACUGACACACAAAGGGCAUUGGUUGGCAGAUAAGUGAUGGUUGUGUCCAAAAGAAUUUGUAUUUGAGUAGUUAAUAAAUGGAGGAUAUUUAUCAUAGGAGUUUCUCAUCCUCAAAGGCUGUGCUUCAUCCACUGGAGGGAUGAGCAGGAGAGGGUUUCAUUCUUGUAUCUGAUCUCCAGCUGCUGCAGAUUAUUCUUAUUUCUAUGCACUGUACCUUAAACAAGUUUGUAGUUGCAUGUAAAUGGAUGUUAUGCUUCUUCUCUUAUUGCUUAACCAUUUGUAGCUAUAUGAUUAAGUAAACCUUUGAAUUGGAUGGCAAUUUUCAAUAAGAGAACAGUCCUCAGAUUAGUGCCAUCCAUGAGAUCUUUGUGUCAUCACUCUGAAUUUUCAAGGGUCUCCAUCCAUACAAUUAGAGAGAAAUGCAUCUCUGAGCAUUCCAUGUUUUUGUUCUCUGCAUUUUAGAUUAGCGUAUUUGAAGGUGCCCUAUAAUGGCAUUUUCAUCAACUUUAAAUCGGUCCCAGAGGUCCCACAAUAGUAAAUUUGAAGUUUGUUGUCUAAAACACCAGUUUAUUUUUUAGGUAUCAGCCAGCCUGUACCCCCCUCUUUUUGAGCUCCACUGAGAACGGGCUGAUUCUGUGCCUGUCCCUUUAAAUGAUAAUGAGCUGUGUGUAAACAUCUUCCUCCCCAAGGCCACUCUGAGCUGCCGGCACUGCCGCAGUGGUCCAGGAGCGGUGGUCUGGUGAUUUUCUUGGGACCCUUUGUCCUCUUGUCGGCUUCGAGGGGAUGCAUAUUAUUGAUGGAAAACCACCCAAAAGUGGAUUUUUCAUAAUAGGGGACCUUUAAUAGGGAAAUAAGUAAAUGUUUUCUUACAUUCUCUAAUGAACUGAAGUUUCACAAAUGUAAAUUCUUAAAAGUGUUGUGUAAAUUCUAGGGCUGAACGAUUUUGGAAAAUAAUCUAAUUGUAAUCUUUUCCUCAAUAUUAUGACUUAAUGUGCAAUUAUUUUUUUCAGUGUCCUCUUCUAAUGUAUUUUUAAACAAACAAAAAAAUAAAUAAAUCUGUGAACGACACAGUGAACAAUAUCAGAUUAAAAUACAUAAAUUGUUUUUUCUGGCAAUUAUCAUUUCACACACACACAUAGGCUCUCUCUGUUCAUACACGCACAUGCUGUCAUAUACGUCAUGAUACUCAUCUAAAUACCAAUGGCGAGUUGUAAUCGAUACCCAAAACACUGGAGUCUGGUGUAUUCAUUCAGCUGUGCUGCCAUCACCAUAUUGGAUGCGUUUUCCGUCAUUAUACAGACGUGGUUUGAGGUUGAAGUAGGACUGGGCGAUUAUAUGACCGUGAUCGAUGAUCGCGAUAAAUUUCAGUUCGAUCACGGUGAUCAGCUGUGAGCAUAUUUACUCGAUCAAACAUGGCGGAAAUUUGCAUCACAAUAGCCAAUCAGAGUCGAGCUUUUCCUGCUCACUUCUGUAAGUUACCGGAGAAGUAAACAGAAUGACCGAACAUGGAGCUAAACGCGGAGCUGAGGGCAAAAAGAUAGUUAUCAGCCAUGGCUUUGAGUCACCCUCAGAAGAUGUUAUAGUUGAGAAGUUAUUCAACGUCUCUCCAAAGUGACGUCGAGCAAUUAAGCCGAUAAACCAGCUACAUAACAAAUCUGUUUUUCCCGAGUGAUUAUGCGGGAAGCAUGAAAAUGUGAGCGGAGUCUGUACAGCCUGUCACUGCUGACGGUACGAGUAGCAUUAGCAGUUUAGCUACAACUAGCGGUGCAGCCACCAGACCAAAACAGCGAUCAAUCAUAUCCAUACCUGCCAACACUCCCUUUUUCCCAGGACUCUCCCGUAUUUUAGACCUAUCUCCCGCUCAUCCCUGGAAUUGUCAUUUCUCCCGGGAAUUUCUCAUAGCAUGGUCCGCAUUCAUUCAUGAAUCGGAUCAAUAUAUUUGUCCAAAGUUUCCAGACAACCGGAGAUAGUCCUGUGUGUCUGCUGAGCUUCACAGACACUGGAUUGAUACUUUUACUUUACAGUUUGGGAUGAUUCAGGUCGGUUUCAGCUGUAAACUAUAUUUAAGCAGUGGUUGUUGGACAAUGAACAUUUUGAUGAAAGGAAAACAAACACUAUGCGAGAGUGAUGCGUUCAGGGCAGCCUCAGAUAAAAGAGUGCUGUAUUUCAUGCACAGAUGUUCAGAGAGCCUCAUAUAGGAGAGCAUGUAAAACAAAUGAGGACUUUAACACUAAUAUUAGUGGACUAAAUAAGUUCAAAGCAUAUCGUACCUUUUAUCUUUUUUUACCAUUUGUUAUUGUUAAAACAAAACCAAAGUGUGCAGCUUCAGUUGUACUUAUUUGGAUGAGCAAUUUAAUUACAAAUACUCUCAUAAUGAGCUCAUAUCCAACAUACGAGGUCACCCCAAAACUGUCAGCCUCUGUAGUGGUAUAAGGUGCAACAGAGUGCAGUGUUAAAUUCUCUCUCUACCUGCUCUGCUUCACUCUGCUCUGCUAACAAGUCAUGUGACCAGAUCAUGUGACCAGUCAAAAUCGUAGCCUUUGGGGUUAAAAAAUUGUGUUUUAUCAUAUCGCAAGGUAAUUGCAAAUGCAUUUAAUCGAUCAGCCUUAGUAAAUUCAGAAUUAUUAUUUUUUUUCUAGUUACUAAUCAAUUGAUUUUGAUUGAUUGAUUAAAAUUAUAAUGUCCAACAUUUAAAUGAGCGAGUCCUUUAACUGUAGUCAUAGCAGCAAUGGACAGUAGUCCUACAACCAGUAACUGCCUGUGUGCCAUGAGACGUUGGAUAAAGCGUACUGAUUGACUUUUAUCCUGCGCCUCCUGUUUGACAAGUAUUCUGGAUGCAUAUUUACAGUCAGAAACAGUUGUUGUAGAAACCCUAGGAUCCACCCUUGAAUCGUACUUAGUAUCCUUUACCUGUUCAACUGGUGUGUUACACAUGACCAAAUAUGUGAUAGUCAGGACGGUAUUGACCUCAAUAAGAGUCAGGCUUUUCCUCUUGAAGUUCAUCUGCUUAAAGUUUGAUUCAUCUGGUAUUCUACGUCAAAUGAUUAAAUGUUCAUUGUUAGAUGUUCAUUAAAAAAGACAAUGCCACUUGUCUGUAAAGCACUUAUGACUGCAGGCAGCCAGCUCUCACUCAUAACCAUAGUGCCAGGGGAUGAAAGAUGACAAGACAAGGUGAGCGAAGAAGCUCAUUGUGCCACAUAGUUCUUAACAGCCAAUACAGUGAGCUUGAAAAGACUGCCUGAAAAUGCACUUCUGAGUAUUUCACAGAAAAACAGAUCAGAAGUAUAUCCAUAACCAAACCCCUCAAUCUAACAACCGACUGCAGGGUCAGGCUGUUUUCAUUUUUGUGGGAUUAGAGUGCUGAUACUUUAAAUGCUUCAUUUACAUAAGAUCACAUCCAAUCACAUCUUAAUUUUGUGGUUUUAAUUGUCUUUGAUAUUGGCAAUCGGAAUAGUUUUCUUUACAAAAACAUGAUUUUGUCCUUAAAAAGUCUUUUUCUAAAACACAUCUUGAGAGCGUUGAGUCAUUUGUCUUUGCAGACAUUGAAACCAAAUUCUGGAAAUCAUCAACUUUAUAAUUAAGUUUUUAUGGUAUCUGAAAAUAUUAUCCUCCUUAGGAGUGUGUCUCUUUUUUCUUCUUUUCUGCUGCUGUCUUUUGUCUGACCCAGUAACAGUUUACUCUGUUCAGUGCUUUAGAUAUUACCAGGUCCACUAAGUUCACAGAGACCUGGACACACAUUUUGAAAGGACAAGACCAACUCAAUUUGGAAUUAGUGCUCUCUAACUUGUGAAAAUGGCAGAGAUCACAUCUAAAAUUUGUUUUCCUCACCAAAAGGCAGAGUGGGAAUGAUGUCUUGAUCAAAUAUCAGCACCAGAGUUGUUUUGAGUAAGCAGAGCUUGUUAAUGAAAGAAUGGUUUUGGCUAGUGUUUUGACUCUCUGUCACGCUGCCAAGUAAGAGGGGGGACUUCCGGCAGAGAUGAGUAAAGAAAAUAAAUCUGACUUCAAAUAAGGAGGAUGGACCACAGAGGAGCACAAUUAUUAGCAUAUUUACUACCUGUGCUUCCAAACCAAUCAACCCUCUGCUGUUUUUGACCAUUUUCAUGUCAUAAUUUCCUCUGAUUGCAUCACUUUUUGGUUGGUAGAGCACUUUGGCUCUAAUUUAAUACUUGACCUGGUCUUGCCCUUUGUAUUUACACACCCAGUACAGCUGAACUAAGGGAGUUAGUCAUCUAAGAGGUCACACUGUCACUAACAUAUACAUUUACAAUAUACAUGUUAAUAGACUGAACUUGUUAUUGCGCAUACACACACAGAGAAACAUGCACAGACACUCUUAGAUACUUUUAUGUGUCUUCUGAGAAAUGUCAAGAGUGAGUUGGAGUGUGUCCACACAAAGUUCAGGGAAACACAGAUACGAAGUGACAAAAUGAAAUGGCCUUGUCAGUGUUUGGCAUCCACUGUGCUAAAACGUGUGUGUGUGUGUGUGUGUGUGUGUGUGUGCGUGUGCGUGCAUGAGUGUGUGUCUUACCUCUGGCUUCCUUCUCUUCCCUCAGUGUCUUGCAGAAAUAUAGUCCCUGUGUUUACCUCGUUUUCUAUUAUACAAUGUCUUCCUCUCUGUUUGUGUAACAUAUUACCUUGUACUCUGUGUGAGCGAGUUUGUGGGGAAACAUCUACACAGGAUAAAGUCGAUACAGUGUCUCUGUUAGCACCUCUGUGAUCUUACUCAUCUCCUUGCGUAACCUUGUGUACCCUUUCAUCUUGCAUUCUCACUGCACCUAACAAUCAUACCUUCAUAUGAAAGUUGUUUGUCACCAUGAGGAUGUUUGUUAUGCUGGGUUGGCAGAGGUUGUAUUUGAAUUAGUGUCGAACUGCAAUGUGCAUGUUUAGUUGUCAUGUCAGUUUUCUUUCGAUAGAUGAUAAACUCAUAUUUUUUGCAAGCCUUGCCAUGCUUACAAGUUUUCAAAAUAUUGCUCUCAAAUCUAAUUCGACCUCUACCCAUGAUGUAGAAGUAUGGAUAUUACAAAGUUGUUACUUGUAUGUAGGCUAUUUCCCAUUUUUUGCUUGUUGACAUAUAAAAUGUGUGUUCAAAAAAUAAUUCAAUCACACAAUCAGGUACAGUCAUUAUUUUGACAGGCAGCUGAAAUCUAAAAUAUAGCUGCUUUGUGAAAACAGGUCAACAAGACCUCAAUAGGACAGUGAUUAAAAAUAACCAAAUAUUUAGCUGGCCUGCUUAUUUAGCAUGAUGUUAUAACAAAAGUAAACAGUAGUGCUGAGUGAUUAAUGGGAUUUUAAUAGCAAUCAGGAUGUUAGCCUUUCCACAAUCAAACAAACAUGAUUGAAGGCAAAUGUGUUACCCUCAUCAAUUUUAUUAGGUUUAUAUAUCAUGCUCUCUUUGGUUAUUUUCCAACAGAUAUUACUGUUUUUCUUUUACUAAAUUAAUCAUCAACUAUUGCAUUUUUUCAAGUUAUACUGUUAUCAUGGUUUCCCUUAUAGCUCCAAUAUGACAGCGAGAUCUGGUGAGGCGUGUUAUCAGUGAUAAACUGUGUCUUAAUGAUUGAAAACUGGGAACGUGGAGGAACAUCCACAGCAAUGCAGGCUGAGAACAGGAGGAUCAGGUGUGUGUUAGUAAAGUAGAGGGACAGGGUGAGCACAGAAACCAAAGCUGCAGCAUUAGUAAGUGUAACAAGCUAAUGGUUUAUUCAGUAAAUGGUGAGAAGCAGGGGUAAAUAUCAUGACAUACUGUAUAAAUACAAAAUAUUUCUUUCUGAUACCUCUUUGAAACAUGAUUUUCAGAUCUAAAAAAGAAUCCUGUUUCUCACUCUUUUGCAUUUAAAUAUCAUUUUUUCAGCCUCAGUCUGAAAUGCUUCGUCUUGCCUGCUGUCUCCAUUUCUAGGAUUAUUACAACAUAUUUAUUAUUCUUGGGAUUUGAACAUUUGCAUACAUCUAGACAGACAUUGUAACUUUGUAUUUUUUGUUGUGAAUAUGGAAAUUAAUAAUACCCCUUAUAACAUUUCAGAGAUGAACAACACCAAAGAGUUGAUAGGAAGAAAACAUCUCAAACUGUACUGUGAUAAUUGAAUGUUGAGAUCAUUUACUUUUUUGAUACCACGCUGGAAUUACAAGAAAAAGUCUCUUGUUUAACUUUAUGAUAAUGAAAAUUCUUCAUAAAAGUGAAGCUGAUGCUGUUUAAAGAUAUUUAAUGCUAUAUUGACCAAAAGUUUGGGGUAACUGGUCAGAAAAGCCAUGACAGAUAUCGUCUGAGUCCAGCACUUGUGAUUAGAGAAAUGUAGAAUAAACAGUAUAUGUGAAUCAAAGUAAUGAAAGAAGAAUAAAUUAUCGUGAUCAAUAACCCAGAUUUCAAUAUUUAUCAAAAUAAGUAUGAUUAUCAGUGCAGCCAUGCUAGUAAGCAGACUUAAAUAGCACUAACAUAGUGCUACUCUUGAAUGAACCCAAUGUAGGAAAGUAGUAGUUGUCAGUAAAAAAAAACAAAGACAGGUUUAACAAUUUAUUCAAAUAAAUUUAGAGGCAAUCACUCUGGGGAGAAAAAAAAGAAGUUUGGGGGGUAUGGACUCUGAAAUGUAUAAUGGCAGCCUGAUGUUAUUAUACAAGACAUGCUAAUGGAAUGUGUAAACGGAGUAUUCAUUUCUCCUCUCCAGUGUGUGCAGAGGCGUUUAACCCAGAUGAGGACGAUGAGGACACGGAGCCCAGAGUGGUCCAUCCAAAAACAGAUGAACAACGCUGCAGACUGCAGGAGGCCUGCCGAGACAUCCUACUCUUCAAAACACUAGAUCAGGUAAAAAAGAAAGGAAAGAAAAAGAUAAAUAAAAAAAUCAGCAUGAAAAGACCUGUGCACACCCACCAGUGACCUCUGGUCUUGAGAAAUGAAGCCAAUGCAGAAGUGCUAAAAUUUGCAGUUCCCUGAGUGCCUGCUUGAGGCAGACUGCAAAACCACUGGAACCACUUACACAAACACACACACACACAAAAAUUGGAGCGAGAAAAAACAUGUUAAAAGCCGAGUUCGAAGAACGGUUUUGGUUUGCAUACCUCCAGGAAUACCACAGUACCUACUGUACAGGGAGUGAUUUGUCUUUGUGAUGCUUUCAUUUUGACCUGGCACACUGUCACCAUUUGGGAGGAGGGUAAAGGCUCACCUCUGGUAGGCUGACUAAAAGUGAGGUUGAGUCAGAAUUAGCAAUGUGGCGACUGCUGCCAAUAGGCCUCAAACAGUAUAUGUGAAUCAAAGUAAUACUAUAGCAUCUUUGACACUAAGUCCAUAUGUUAUACAGCCUGUGGUGCAGACACACUUGUGCAUCAGUAGUUGGUAUAAAGGAAAAGUCAACAGUUGGUAUCUAACUUGAAAUUGAAGGAUCUGCAUUUUCAUUUUGCUUCCACAUUCAUUUAACUUUUAUUCUAACUUACCAGGUUACUGCAAUAUUCAAAGUACGGAUACAGAACUGUUACUUUGGUUCCAGUGUUCACUCAUGGUGGCACAAAACAGAUUUAAUAAAAUAACUACGAAAUAAAGAAAUAAAAACUUGUUAAUAAAAGAACUUUUUUGCAGAGUUGUUCCCUUUACUUUGCUGACAGAUUAAAAGGAUUGUCCUGCUUAAAAACAUUGCUCUCGAUAGGAACCAACUACUCAUGGGGCAAAUCACAUGUUGUUUUUUUGUACAAAAACAUUUAGACAAGAUAAAUACUUUCCACCGCCGGGAAAUGGGACAAAGAAGAACUUGUGCAGCAUCUUUUACUCUAAUCAAGAACAGAUAUAAUUUCCAGCUAACCUAAUUAGCCUUGGCUAUUAGUGAAAUGUAGAUUUAAAGUGAAUGUGUAAAACCACUCUUUUGAUGCCUCCUCCAUUUAGGCCCAAGCUUACUGGCUCACCUGUUUUCCAAAAACCACCUCUGAAAUUCCUGUGUUUGGAUUUUUGUUAAAGAUACUUUAUUUUUGUAUUAAUCCCUGUUUGUUUUGACUGAGUACAUGCUCACAAAAUCUGCUGAGUUUGUCUUGGAGAAAGUGUCCUUAUAUGAAUAGAAUUCUCCUUCUUCUUUCUAUUAUCUUCUUCUCUCGCCUAGAUUUCCUAUCGGGAUAAUUUCAUUAAUCUCUUCUGUCUUCAGAAGCAGCACCCAAACCUGCUGGAUGCAAUUAAAGGCUAAUUGUGGAACAACUUUCCUCUGUCACUCCCUCUAUCUCUACCUCAUUUGUGUCUGACAGCCUCCCUUUGAUUCCCCAUCCAGGAGCAGUUCUCAGAGGUGCUGGACGCCAUGUUUGAGUUACGAGUACAACCCCAGGAGCAUGUCAUCGACCAGGGAGAUGAUGGAGACAACUUUUAUGUCAUUGAAAGGUAGGAGGCAGACACUGUUGGGUCAUAAAAACCAAACACAUUUCUUUAUUCAAAUAGUUUGUUUUAAUGUGGAAAGCAUGUUUUACAGCACAGGUACUGCAACACACUGAAAAAACAUACAGAUUUUGCAUGUUCAAAAUGACAAUCAUGGAUUUAUUACCCUGAAAGGCUGAAAUUCAAAUAUUGCUUUGAAGGUCUCUAUGAUUGUUACCCCCUAAGUAGUUCAUGCUGAUAUUUUUCUACUUCUUUAUGUGAAGCCUAUUUACAGUGUGAAAGAGAUAUUGAAAAGGAGGAGUACCAAUGAAAUUGAACUUAGAUUAGACAAGGCUUUUUUGUGAGAGUCUGAAAUUUUGCUUGCCUCGCUGUAGUUCCAUUUACAACAUACAAGACAGGAUACAUAAAUAAACACAUAACAAAACAUUUCUAACAACAGACAGCAUAUCCAGAGAUCAUCACAUUUUUGAUGUAGGAGUCAGCUCCAUAUUCACCUUUAUAAUGGACAGGUAUGCAAACAAGUGCUUCAGUCCGACCUGACUUAAAAAGUGGGACCUUGUAUUUAAGACGUGAUGGUAAUAGUUCAUAUUUACAGUUCAGAGCAGGGUUAGGGUUAGGGAUGUUGUUUGCCAAGCCCAACAACCUAAAGUGUCUUUUCACUGAUUGUGAAAAAUAAUCUUGAAAUCUUGUCUAUGAUGAAAUCUAUCUCUUGAGCAAAUACUUAACCAUCAUUUACAGUCUAAAAAAAUAAAUAAAUAAAAUUUACGAGUAUUUUUAAAAGAUCAUUUUAAUAACAAUAGCAAUAGAAUUAAAGUGCAGAGAAUAAAUUUCCAGGAGUUGUCCUGACUACUUCCACUAAAACUUGUGCAGAUUUACAACACUGCAGCCAUUUAGCUGCUCCUCACUGUGGGUCUUGUGUUUACUGCACUGGUAAUUGUGUAAUUACAAUUGAGUCCAUAAGUAUACAGUGCACAUGGAGGCUGUGUGAUUUUCCGGACAUUUUGCAGAGGCAAACUGUUGGCUGUGUACGCAAGCCUUUACAGGAUAGGUUUAGUUGCCUGGACAGACAUACACUAAAGGCCAAAAGUUUGGAAGCAAGGCCAUUACAGGCCGAACAGUUGGGAGUAACUUUAAGUUUUGGUUCACAAUGCUUUUUUUUUGAAGUCCAGCAUGAGUUUUAUGUAUUUUGGGAUGUAUUUACUCCAUGAUCAGAUGUUGCUUUCAUGGAAAUGCACCAUUUUACUCCAUUUACCUUUAGAUAUACAUUGGUGUUAACAGACCAUUGCUAAGUAUAUGUCAGCAAAAGAUAAUAAGGGCUUAGUUGCAGGGUUGAAAACAUUUGCAAGAGUCACAACUUCAGUGCAAAAGCAAAAAAAAACAAAUCACAGUUGGAUUAUCCACUUCAGCUUUUUGGCUUUUGAGAGUCUGCAUACAAAAAUCCUGAUAAAUCUCAACUGCGUUUAAACUACCGCAAAAAUGGCUAGAAAGAAGCAACUGAGUAAAGAAACAAAAGCACACAUUUGUACAAUGAGGAAAGAAGGAUACACAGAAAGAGAAAUUGCAAAACGCCUAAAGGUGUUUGACAAAGGAGUCCACUACACUCUGAAGAUUCUAGAGGAACCUGGAAGUUAUGAUGAUAGAAAAAGACCUGGACGAAAGAGAGUUACUACAAAAGCAGAGGAUAAACAUAGCAUUGUCACCAGUAAGAGAGAUCGGCGAAAGACAGCACCAUAAAUAAGGGAGGAAAUCAACAUGACAAGGUCGAAACCCAUAUCUCUGACAACCGUGAAAUGACGUUUAGAAAGGCUGGUCUGAAGGGUUGUGUAUCUGCAAAAAAACUGUACUUCGUCCACAGAACAAGAAAAAGAGAGAUGAGUGGGCAAAAACUCACAAAAAUUGGACUUAUGAUGACUAGAAACAAGUUUGCACUGUUUGGUUCAAAACGCAGAGUCUAUGUCUGCAGACAAACUGGUGAACGUCUGAAAGCACCAUGUGUUACACCCACAAUUCAGCAUGGAGGUGGUAGUUCCAUGGUAUGGGGAUGUUUUGCAAGUGAUGGAGUAGAAGAUUUGUUUGAAGUAAAGGGUAUCAUGAAGAAGGAACACUACCACGCCAUCCUCCAGCACCAUGCUGCUCCAUCUGGACUCAGACUUGUGGCUCAUAAGUUUGUUUUGCAGCAAGACAAUGACCCUAAGCACUCUGCCAUCGUCGCAGGGUUACCUAGACAAAAAAGAAGAGGGAGGUGUUCUCUAAAAGAUGGUUUGGCCUCCUCAGUCUCCAGACCUUUCUCCAAUUGAGCUUGUGCGGGAUAAAUUGGAUUGAUCGGUCAGAAAAACGCGUCCCACGAAUCAGCAGUCUCUUUUUAAUGAACCUAAGAAAGCUUGGAAUGCAAUACCUGGAACAUAUAUCAAAAAACUUGUGGAUUAAAUGCCUCAUAUAUGCCAAGCUGUUGUUAAAGCCAGAGGAGGUUACUUUAAAGAAAGCAAAGUCUAAGCAACAAUAACUCAAAUACCUUAUAAUUAUAGUCAAAAUGUCUUCUGAUAAGUUACUCUUUAUACAAUAGUCAUGUUUAUUGUGUUGCAAAUUAUAUAUAUGAAACUAUGAUCUUUUUUUGUACAAAUCUGAUCUUGCUUCCAAACUUUUGGCCUGUAGUGUAUAGUAAAAGAUUGCAGGAACAUGCAAAUGUGUUUCCCUAUCUCACAGUGUGUAAGGAAUAACACUUUUCACAGUAAAUCUAUUGUUAUGAACCAAGCUGCCGACAGUUUUGUUAGUUUCCACAACAACACUCUCAGGUGCUUCUGGUGUGAAAAGCAGAAAUGAAACAUGAAUGUUCAAAUUUUUUGAUCCAUGAUUUUUUGUAAGUGGAGGUACAGCUCAUAUAAGCAUGUAAACCUCUGAGACUGCACUGCAUUAUGAUGAAUUAACAUGUCUUUGUUGACCAGCUGCAGUCAGUCAAAUAAUGUAACCAUUAACAGAAGUGAUAAGAUAACAUAGAAAGGGAACUAAAUGGUGGCUUUGGGACCUGUGCUACCCAAGUGAGAACAGGCCUGCUGGUGUUUUUCUACUGGCUGGUCAUUGUUUAUCCCUCCCUGAUUCAUUCCUGGCAUGGCACAUAUCAGUUCAGCACAGCAGUACAGUCCCACUUGUUGUGUGCAACACCCCCCCCCCCCCCCCGUACAGGAUACAUGUGAUGACCUUUAAGAGCAGCACGCCUGCCUGGGCAUAUACUAUCCUGGGGUUUUCCCUGGCCUCUUAGAGGCAUAGGUGGGUGCUAAUGUCAUCAGCAGGGUGGGGUGUGACGAGGACACACACAGAGAUGGGGGGAUAAGCAGGAGGAAAAAGAAAAGCAGGAAGAAAGACAUUGUUUUAUUAUAAAAAUGUAUGCAUCUCAAUUGCACACCAGUUAGUUUAACAGAAAGAUAGUGAGGAAAUUUGGCUGAAGGGUCUGCCUGGUCUGAGUGGAUUCAGAAAUGCUACAUUUUAACAAAUCCCAAAAGCACACAUGAAGCCCUUUAUGGAAACACUUCACACAUUCACCUCAGCAGUUCCGGUGGACAAGGUAACACACACAAAGUGAGAAGGAUCACUGCAGCCGAUCUGCUCUGUUUGGCUGUUUGACAUGACUGCCAUUGAGUUACUGAGUUACUACUGUUCUCAAAAAAAAGCAAAGCUCCUAAGACGUACACUACAGGCCAAAGGUUUGGAAGCAAGAUCAGAUUUGUACAAAAAAAGAUCAUAGUUUCAUAUAUAUAAUUUGCAACACAAUAAACAUGACUUUUGUGUGUAGAGUAACUUAUCAGAAGACAUUUUGACUAUAAUUAUUAGGUAUUUGAGUUAUUGUUGCUUAGACUUUGCUUUCUUUAAAGUACCCUCCUCUGGCUUUAACAACAGCUUGGCAUAUAUGAGGCAUUUGUUCCACAAGUUUUUUUGAGAUAUGUUCCAGGGAUUGCAUUUUAAGCUUUCUAAAGUUCAUUAAAAAGAGACUGCUGAUUCGUGGGACACGUUUUUCUGACCGAUCGAUCCAAUUCCUCCCGCACAAGCUCAAUUGGAGAAAGGUCUGGAGGCUGAGGAGGCCAAACCAUUUUGAAGAACACCUUCCUCUUCUUUUUUGUCUAGGUAACCCUGACAGAGCUUGGCAGAGUGCUUAGGGUCAUUGUCUUGCUGCAAAACAAACUUAUGAGCCACAAGUUUUAGUCCAGAUGGAGCAGCAUUGUGCUGGAGGAUGGAGUGGUACUGUUCCUUCUUCAUGAUACCCUUUACGUCAAAUAAUCCUCUACUCUAUCACCUGCAAAAACAUCCCCAUACCACAGAACUACCACCUCCAUGCUGAAUUGUGGGUGAAUUGUGGUCAAGUUCUUAUAACAAUCUGGUCAAUGAUGUUCACUUCGACCAGCGAUGAUCAUGAUGGUCUGGAUUAUCUGUGUAUUUCCUGUCUUUAUUUGUUUAAAUAGAGGUAUCACAUCUUCUCUCUUCACAGGUUAAAAGUCCCCAGAAUCUUAAAUCAUGGCUCUACAUUUGUACUUUUUGCAUCGAUCUGACUUACGAUCUAAAAUGUUUCAACAAUAACAGCCUUCAUUUGUGCUUGAGUAAACAGCACGGCAUUGUAAUCAAUGGGUAGAUGGUCUUGCUUGCCUGUGCAGUGGUAGCCAACCUAACCAGCGGUCAUUGUCCUAUCCUCAUGCUAAUCCAUACAAACUAAAAUAAUACUCCUCCAACGACAAGGGUUUUAUCCCUCCUUGUCAGCCAAUUGGACAACGGACUAUCUGCAAAAUGACUAGUUAAUCCUGCCGAGCAACAACGCUGCAAAUUACCUUCUGCAGGUUUAAUCCUCAAGCAGAGAGGGAAAAAAAAGGGGAGGGGCAGCUGCUUUGCUGAAGUAUCACUGUCUGUCAGAAACAUACACAACCACUGAUACUGUACAGAUAUACAACACUGUUCACUGUUGAGCUCAAUUACUCUUAUGUGCAUUUGUUGACCCAGUAUAUGUAGAUUUAAACACUCAGUUAUGCAACACAAACACAUUCACUGAUUUCCUGCUCCAGUGUGCCGGACUGACCCCGAGUCCUGUCCAGAGGUUACAGAUAAUCUUUAGUUAGAUGUGCAUUCAAACCAGUCAACAGGUCAGUAAACACAACACUGGCCAGCUCUUAAUGUUUAGCUCUAUCCAAUACAUCAAAGUCAUUGUGAGUUUGUUUUUUUAGUGCUGGGUUUAUGUUUCUUAUUCUCUCUCUGUGUUUAUUUUUUCUCUCUUUUUCCAACUCACUCCCUCUCUCUCUCCUCCCAUUUCUCCCUCUCUCCUCAGGGGUGUGUAUGACAUCGUUGUAUCGGGAACAUGCGUGGGUCAGUAUGACAAUAAGGGCAGCUUUGGGGAGCUGGCACUUAUGUACAACACGCCGCGAGCUGCCACCAUCGUUGCCACCCAGGAUGGGGCAUUAUGGGGGCUGGUAAGAACAUAGAACUUUAAAGAGGCAUACUUCAACAGCAACACAAGAGGCAUUAGUCAACAUGAACUGAACACAUGAUGUUUUAUUCUGACUUUCUGAUUAAGUUUUCAAUCACUGGGUGAAGGUUAAAACACUUGAACCUGACGGUUGUUUUCAAUGCAUUUCAAGCAGUACUCACUCUCAGAUAUCUCUCUAGAUAAAAACAUCUGCUGAAUGACAUGGUGACAGUAUUUUUUUUUAUUUUACAUUUGGGUGUUUCUGGUCUCAGUUUGGUCAGCACCACCAUUUAUUAAGCAUCCCCUGUCAAUUCACUGGUCGUGUCUCUAUCUCCCCAUUGGCAACAAGUAAAACAUCUGUUCCUGAGACCCCAAACACAGAGCACUGAUGCUGAAACAUGUUAAGAAUGGACUCCUGUUAUCUAUGAAUGGAGCCUGCUGCUCUGCUCGGACGGUUUAUACAGCUACAGCUCCUUCUUGUGGUGGAGCACAGGAGCACUAGCAGCAAUGUUUCAUGCUCAAUGAACCUGCCUGCAGGAGCUGCUUAUUUACACGUGUGUUGUCCCUAGGACCGUGCCACAUUUCGUAGACUCAUUGUAAAGAACAAUGCCAAGAAGAGGAGGAUGUACGAGUGCUUCAUAGAGUCUGUGCCCUUACUCAAAUCACUGGAGGUGAGCAUUUUAGAUCUUCUAGGAAAUCCUCUUGUUUCUUUAUCUUUCCUUUCUUUGAGGCUUAACAAUCCAGCAAGCCUAAUAAAAAACAAACACAAACUGUCCUCCAUAUUUGGAAGGGAAAUCUGAAUUUAUAGGAUGGCUACAAAGUAAAUUAUUUAACAUUUCCACGCAGAUUUUUUUUUCCUGGUAAAUAGCCACCCAGCUAAUUUUUGUACUGUUUGUGGAAACAGCAGUUAGAGAGGAUAAAUGAAUUGGAGAAGAGAAAGAUUAUGUAAAGGUUGCUCUGCUUUUUCAAGAUAAAUCCUGAUUUUUUUUCCUGGUCCACUGACCCCAUCUCUCCCUGUCUAGGCAACAGAGAGGAUGAAGAUAGUGGAUGUAUUAGGAAUGAAGCAGUUCUCAGAUGGUGAUCGCAUCAUCACACAGGUAAGAUAUGGAGGGGACAUGGUCACUCAUAAAGGGAGGUUAUUGCUACAGAAUGAUAAAUGUAUUCAGAAGUUUUAUGUUUCCUUUUCCUCAGGGAGACAAGGCCGACUGCUUUUAUAUUGUAGAAUCCGGGGAGGUGAAGAUCAUGAUGAAGAGUAAAGUAAGACCUUUGACAAUUGUUUUUCCACCGCUGCACACAUUUAUACCGUCUCUGUGUUAAUGUGGGCUUUUCCAUGUCUUUGAAACCAAAUCAGUCCACCAACAUUUUUCUGCAGGUGCUGCUCUAGUGUUUGGAAGAAAGGCAAAGAUUUGUCUACGGACAGGCUGAUCAGCAAAAAGAAUGUUUUUUUUAAUCAGUACAUAGAUUCCAUGGAGAUAAAAAAAACAAAAAUGACAUUAACAAUUGACACUCCCCUGCAAAGACCACCAAAAAAGAAGAAUGCUUCCUGGUUUGCCUAGCAACAGCAGGAAUCACACAAGGGUCUGCUCAGCUGCUGAUUGCUGCACACUGGGGGCUGAAUAUUAAAAGGUGCUCAGUGGUUUCUUACCUCUAAUCCUCUCCUCUCCCCCCCCUGCAGACGAAGGCAGACCACGCAGACAAUGCGGAGGUGGAGAUAGCACGCUGUAGCAGGGGUCAGUACUUUGGGGAGCUGGCCUUGGUCACCAACAAGCCCCGGGCUGCCUCAGCCUACGCAGAGGGCAAUGUCAAGUGUUUGGGUAAGAAAUAAUACAAUCCAUAACACCUUUUCGUCUGUCUCAAGAAAACUACGCUUAAGUCAAUUAUGGAUACAGUGAAGCUUUUGGUUUCCACUGGUGCCAAGGAAUGUUUUAGUAAUUGUAGUAUUUGCAAAAUUCUUUGAGAACGCAGCUUCUUCAACUUCUUUGUUGUUUACUCUCAAGGAGAUUGAAAGCUAAUAAUGAAAGAAAUCAAUUCAAUAUAUCCUUGUAAAAAGACAACUUUAUAGGACUCAAAAGACAGUUAUCAGGCAACAGUAAGCGUAUAACACUUGACCUUACAGGGCAACACUCUCUUUGGUUCACAUUGUACACCAACUAGAUUUUUCAGGAGAUAAUAAGUAGCUGUUGAUUUCUAUUUUAUCUGUAAUUGAUGUUUCGCUCUCUACCUUGCCUGUCAUCACCUUGUACUUUUGGUUGAUGGAAGGCCGCUCAGCAAUUAUUUUGUUUUGAAAGCGGGUGCUCUUAUUCAGGCUCAACAGUGGAUGAGCAGCUCUUCACAUCUGAAAUUAAACCAGAUUUUUAACAGCAGAUUGUGUCUGCCUCUCUCUCUCACCCAUCUCCCUGUUUGUUGUGAAAUCUGCUUAACCUUUUUUUAUCACUUGAAUAUUCAGCAUUGAUGUGUUUAAUAAAAGGGGUCUUUUUUUAUAGUUGAUGUUGACAGCCAGUCUUUUUUGUGUUUUUCAAUUUCUUCCCCAUCAAAAAAAAAAAUGAUUCACACAUCAUAAGUUUUCUCAGUCACCUUUCUGUUUUCUCUCUCACUUCCCUUUGUGUUUAUUGUAUUAAUUGUAAAACAGCUUGCUCUGAAUAGCUGCUUUGCUUUAGAGCAGAGAAAAAUGUCACUUGUUGAGGCAAAGGAUGCUAUCUGUUUCGACUCUUGUCAUCGUCCCUGUUGGGCUGUGAGUGGAAAAGAUGAACAGCACUUAAAGGGUCCUCUGGGGUCUUCCAGGCAUAUUUAAGAGGGCCCCUGAGUUGUCUUUCCACCCUCACCAAGUAAAUGUCUCAGAAAGCUGGAGUUUUAAGGGCUGUGUCAAAAACACUUUCCUCACGUUCAAAUAAUUAAUUCUGCUCUGAUGGUAUAGGGAAAAAACAACUUGGAGAACAUCCCCAACAGAUGGAAGCUUCCAAAACAUCUCAGUUCCUAUUUUAUUGUGUUGUGAGGCAGAUUAGAGCCGCUUCAUGUUUUACUUGUAUCAGCUUGUCAGUCCUUAUUAAUGGUAUAAAAGCAGAAUAUUGGGGUCAUGUGUCUCUCCCACUAAUGUAGAAACAGAACUAAAUUGACUUCUGUAAGAACAGGGAGAUGGUGAGAUGAAACAGAGAUGUAGCAAUGUGUGUGAGGGGGGAGGAGUGAUGAUGUAGUUAAUUACACAUCAUGCCUCGCAGAGCAUCAUCAUGUUAUCUCAGAUCAAACUGUUACAGAAAAUCACUAUUAUUCACCAUAAUUUGAACAAGCAGCGCCAGCAUAAUGGUGUAGCUGAUUGAAUCUUUGUUGCAGGAUCUCUGCAGGAUUGUUGAGCAUCUGAUGUAGCUCAGUACAGACCAUCUAAACUGACACUGCCUCCAUCUCUCUCUUUCUCCCUCUGCAGUAAUAGACGUGCAGGCUUUUGAGCGCCUCCUGGGCUCCUGUAAGGAGAUCAUGAAGAGGAACAUCGCCCACUACGAGGAGCAGCUGGUGGCCCUAUUCGGCUCCAGCAUGGACCUGAGAGACUGAGCCUCCCACACCACCCUCCGUGCCUUCUAUUACACACACACACACACACACACACACACACACACACACACACACACACACACACACACACACACACACACACACAGACAUACGUCCUCUCUCACAUCAUGCCGUGGCUUUACAGACCCAUAAUAAGCUUUACACAGGCCAUGCAAGUUGUACUUUUGGCUUACCUUUAAGUACAUAAAUGCCGACACACAGUAUAAAAACACACACACUCAUACACUGACACCUAUGUAGGCACAGAGAGACACUCACUUCACCUAGUCUGCUCACCCAUGUGCACACACUAGCUCAACACACUCCUUGAUAAGCUGUCUUUGUAGAUGCACAGACACACACACAUGCACUGCUAGUUGAAGACCACACACUUUGUUGCUUGAGCCAGCGUCAACCUCACAGUAUGAAUGUCUUUGCAGCAAUGACUGAAAUACGGGCAACGCAGUGUCAGGACAUAAUAUACACAUGCAUACACACACUCUAUCCACAUGCUUAAAAAAAACACAUCAUCAUGCUUCAUGUGUGCAAGCUUCGUGUUCACAUGAGCACUUAAACAACCGAGGAGUUGUUCUAACAAGCCUCAGCAAAGGACCCACCAACAUACAGCGACACACACAGACAGACAUACACAGACCCGCAAAAACACAUAGGUUACCACACUUGCAAAAACAGUCACAUUGUGGUAAAAAUGGAGACAAGAAUCUCUCAAAAGGAAAAAAUAAAAAUGCAAAAAAAAGAGAACUUUAAAGAAGACAUAAGUUUUAGAAACGUUUUAUGAAGAAAAAACUGAAGCUUUGAUAAAAUAUUAUUUAAAUAAAAAAAGUGUUUCCUCUUUGGGAGGCCGGGGUGCAGAACUUUGAGGGUGCGCUCCAUCCCCUCCUCUACUGUUGUUGAUUGAGUUGAGUUGAGUUAGUGCUGGUGAUUAUUGCAGUACCACAGAAGAAGCAGUGAAAACAACAACCCUACGUUUUCUGGGCCAUUGUUAUUCUAUCAUUGACGCCACACUUCAUUGUAUUGAAUUAAUUAUUAUUGUAUUGUUAUUAUAUAUUCAUUUAUUAUUUUUUGUUUUACUUUGACCAAUUCUGAAAAAAAUUCACCAUCCAUCUUUGAAAAAAUGUAAAAACAGAAAAAAAAAAGUUCUAAUGAAAACAGUAGUGCUUAUUUCUCCUUGAUUAUCCUUGAAUGAGUUGUCCUGGAUAAAAAAAAAAUUGAAAAAAAUAAAGCAAACAUUUUGUUAAAAGUUGUA